CACUGUUCUGCCGCAGUAGCGUUUGGCGUGUUUUUGUCGUUGACGCCGGUCUCGGCAGCGCUGUCGCUCGCGGUUCAAUGUGAUUCGAAAGAAAAAAAAAAGCGUUUUCCGUUUUAAAAUCAAAUUGAUUUUCGCCAUCGACAUUAAUAUCGGGUUUCCGUUUCGUUAUUUCACUUUUCCCAAUCAUUUAUUUCGUUUCGUUCGACCGACCGACCGGUCGCGGUCGACGUACUCCGCGCGCCGACCGUUCGCGAUUAUCCGCCGAUUCGUCGCGCCGCGUCCGCGAAUACCGGCUGGACCGUUUAUCAUUCGUCUCCCGAAAACCGCGUACGCCCGUGUCGAAUCGCCUGCGAUCGCGACGGCAGACUAUUAUCACCACCGCGUAACCAUGUACGCGUGAGUCGCGGGUAGGGGGUGUUUUUCUCUCGCGUUGCAUACCGCGGGAUUACCGCGUGCCGCCGGUUACCAUUACCGGAACUCGCCCCCGCACGGUCCCGAUCGGCCGCCGUCAGACAGCAUCGUCCCUUCGCCGCCGCCGCCGCCGCCGCCGAUGAUAAUAACAAUACCAUUGUAAACGCACGGACCAUACACUACACGGGGAUUCGCGGCCGAAACGAGGUACGUAAUAAUUGCAUCGCUAAUCGCAUCAUUAAUUAUUCAAUAAUACUGUCGUCGUCCGUUUUGCGCGGUCGCGCUUCAGCUACUGCGCGCGGGUAUCUCAGCGCCCGUAAACGUCGGUCGCGUCCUCGGAUUCGCCGACGACACCUAUUAUUUUGUACCGUUUGUCAUUGAUCCGCGGAGGAAAUCGAUCGGUCCAGCCGAAGUGUCGGCGACGGCGUCUCGUUGCGCACGCAAUAGCGAUCGGCGAUUUUAACUUUUUUUUUUUUUUUCCUUCCUCUUCUCGACGGGCAAUACGACGCCGACGCGAAUAAUUCGGAUCUAGCGCGGCGCGCGUGAAAAACCAGACCGCGUCCGCGAUUCGCAUGGUACGCAAUAAAAUGCCCGGCGCAUACGACGCGUUCAGUCGUCGCGGACAUCUUCGGUAAUCUCGCCGGGUUUUGGUGGUGUUGGAGGGAGGAGCAGAGGGAAUCUCGGCGACCGUCGAGAUAACCGCGGCCGGGAUUCGAAGGCCCGGGACAAAUGGGCCGAUUAGCCGGAAUAGAGAAAACCUAAUAUAAAACAAUAAGGUCAUCGGCACCAUUCUAAUCCGGCGAUCCGCGAGCAAACCGACCGUUAUUGUCCGUUCGGUUUCGUACGGCACGUGAGAAAUAUCAUCGCGUUUACGUUUCGACGAGUACGUGUGCGCGCGUUUCUCGGCGUUCUUCGAAUGUAAUGAUUAAUCGAAAUGUAUAGGAUCCGGGGGCCCUUGAUCCGCGCGUGCCCCGGUUCCCGAUUGGAUACUAUCGGCAGAGCGCAAAACGAUUGUUUGUUUUCGAAGCGCGCCCCCCUCGCCGGUGGACAUAAAAUUAUUCGAAUCGCGGAAUUUUUUUAUCGAUUUCGCGUAUCGCGGUCGUAUUUCCAUUUCACAGCGACUUGUUUCGUACAAAUGCAACAGACAAACUUUAUUUCGAUUAAAUUCCAUCGAUAUUCCUGUCUGUUUAUUCGACGAGACAUUGCUCUCCGGGUUCGGCGAUAUUGUUGUUACGUGCGCCGUUCAAAAUCGGAAUGUGCAUUUUUUUUUUUUUUUUCAUGUAUUCUCUUUUCCUUCAUCUCAACCAUUCAAGUUCCACGACGGAGACCACGAAAGCAAAUGAUGAUUUAUUUGAGUUGUUACGAAAAUUAGUCUGUAAAGUAAACAGGGUAUGCAUCCACAACAUUUUAAGCAGGUAGAUUCAAUUAUACAUUUUUUCUGAAAAUGCAGUAGAUAAUUUAAAUACCUGCAAAAUAACUAUUUAAAUAUGCAUUUGUAUGCAUAACAAAUCAUUGAAUAUAUUAUUCUUAAAAAAAAAUUACCAAAAUAUGCAAAAAUAUGAAAAAAAAUGGCUACAAAUAUGAACUUCCUAGGUUAUGGAACAGAUUUUUGACUCACCCAGCUGUGAAUAGAAGACAUAGACGAAAUAUGCAAUUUCUAUAUAAUUAUUACUAUGGCUUGGCGUAGUUUUCGAGUUUUUUUUUUUUCUCAUUUUAGGUACGCGUAUGAAAAUUAUCAAUUUAAAUUUAUCAAAACUCGUUUAAUAGUACUUGGCUCAGGUCGUUUUUCCUUUACAAUUAUUUACGGUUGCGUACAGAUAUACAUUGAAUUACUCUGUAUACGAGUAGUAACUAUGUACUAAUUUAAUUUUUUUUUUUUUUUUAUACCGUAUCGAGAGAAAUAAUAUGCAAUAUGUAUACAUAGGUACACGAUUUCAGUUUUAGUCGAUAAUCAAACAAUAGAAUGUCUGUACAACAGUUUCUUGGUUUCCGAAUGGUACGUAACCUAACCUAGCUGUCGAAACCUAUCCGCUUAAUUAGAACUGUUGGUGAUUCCAGGGGUCAUUGCCACUAUACACUAACCGGCAUUUGGAACCAUGUCGUCGGAUUGAUACAAUAGUAAAGGUCUCUAAUAUGGGUUCUAUUAAACAAGUUAAAGUGGGACUAGUCUAGCCAGGUAAAACACGAAACAAUAUAAGGGAGAUGAUGUGACGAUAUUCAGUGGAAAUGUUCGGGUACACUUGCAGGGUGUUGAUCUGCAGUUUCUCUUAGUGGCUGUUUUCGCCAUUUAAAAAAUAUAUUAUAGUGGUCCUCGACUAAAUGUACCAGUCGCCCUUAACGAAUUAUACACACUACCAUAAUACCACACCUGACGUAAAAUAGGGGAGGUAAAUGUGUGACCUGGUGCCUAUUUAUAUGAAUCCAAGCAGUAUAUAUUUGUUACUCAAAUCGUCUCCGAGUGUUUUCGAGCAAAUUCGAUUACCUCUAUAUGCAUAUAGUCGAGUGUCUCCUAUAGCGAUCGAAUAUCGGUGUCGAUAUUUGUUGGUAUCGAAAUUAUAGUGACUAUUCCAUAAUAAAAUCAUACUGAAACGUAUUCAUCGAAGUGUGUUGUACCACGAAUAUUUAUUAUACUACACAAAUUAUUUGUAUAGUUACAAUUUUAUUUUUCUAUAAAAUAUACAGGAGGCAAUUCGAGUGUGCGCCAUUCUAUAACGUUUAUUGUUUUUUCUUUUCGCAUCAUGGCGUGUAUCAACCACUGAAGUCUGUAUCUCUUUGUAUCAUUCUUCAUAUGAUUUGUUAUGAAGGAAACCUUCGUGAUUUCCCUUAUUACUUUGUGCUUCCUUCGAGGAUUCCUUCUAACCCUGCAUCAGUUUGAGUCGUUAUGGACGACUUCGUCGAAAACUGGUGUAGUUAUUAUAUAAUACUCGUUUUAUUCUUAACACGUAAUUAUCAAUGCUUUCUUAUUAUGCGCACUGUUAAUGUAUGUGAGUCUUAUAGACGUAAAACAAGCUAAUUAAUUAAUAUUGUAUACUAAUUAAUAAUCUAAUUGAAUUUAAUCUAGGUAAUCUAAUAAUUAUAAUCUACAAUAUUUUGCCACGGGCAUUACAAGUUCUAGUUGCGCCGCUGCGUAUAUGGCACUCACUAAAAAAAUUUACCACUGAUUUAAUGUAUUAUAUUAUAAUCAUAGGGUGGAACGCGGUCAAUCAGAAGCGGAGUGGGAACCAAAUGCAGGCUGGGAAGUUGAAAUUUAUCUAGGUCAUCCAAAAAGAAUACGUACCAGCAAUUUUUUCUCACUACGCUCGAUUUCAUCGUUUUAAUUGGAAUCCACAAAAAUAGGUACAUAAAAUAUUUUUUAUAAUAAUUUUCUUUUUAAUUUAUUGUUAUUAAUUAUUAAUACUUAUUCGUCAGAUAAAUUCUUAUUUAGUGGAAAUAGUAACGAAUAAGUUAUUCGCAUUUUAUUCAUCGAGUAGCCUUAUUCAAACAUUGAAAAACAGAAAUGUAUUACUUUUUUUUUUUCUAUCUGUCGAUAACUCGUGUUAUUUGACUACAAUACAUUUGAUUGAAAACCCGGGCUUAAAUUAAAUAUUAUUAGUAAAAAUACGAUGAAAAUAAAGUUCAAAUCUAAAAAUAGAUUUAUUUUUAUUUAAUUUGUGUUUCUAUUCACGGAGUAUUGAUAAUAUAUAGGCAAUUUAAUUUUUAUAAUUUUCGAACAUAUUUUUUUUUCAUAACUAAACAAUUCAAUUACUUAUCUACUUUAUAUUUUUUUUACUAACGAAAAAUCAUAAAUAUAGAAAUUUCAGUGGUUGCCAAUUAGUACUUCUGUGACUCUAGUAUUAUACGAGGUUGGGCUAUUAAAUAACGAGACUGCUCGCGCAGAGAGCGUCCCAAAAAGGUUAGGGGAAAACCGAAUACAGAGCUGGUUAGCUGGAAGUGUCUAUUGUGCCAGUACAAAAUUGGGUUUUUGUUGGUGCAUUAGUAUUUUUUCUGUAGCGUUUAGAAACGAACAUGUGUUUUUCUCUUGCCGAAAACGAUGUGUGACGAAAAACAUGAGCAACGGAUAAACGUAAAAUUUUCUCGUUAAACUAAAAAAAAACUCCAACUGAGUGCUAUAAGUUGUUAAAAGAGGCCUAUAGUGAGGAUUUCUUAUCUCGGGCGCGUGUUUUUGAGUGACAUAAAUUAUUUUCUGAAGGUCAAGAGUGUACCGGAAUCCAAUUCAGUCAUAAUCCAAAUUCAAAACCAUGCUGAUCAUUUUCUUCGAUAUCAACGGCAUCGUGAUGACUGAAAGGGUUCCAGAUGGUCAAACUAUGAACCAACAUUACUAUUUGACAGUUUUGGCAAUAUUGCGCGAAUGAGUUCGUAAGAAACGGUCGAUAUUGUGGAAAAACAAGUCGUGGAUCUUGCACCAGGGUAACGCACCUGCCCAUAACGCGCUGUCUGUGAAGCGUUAUUUGGCCGCUUAAGGCACUCCAGUACUCGAACACGCGUCUUACUCACCCGACUUGGCACCCUGCGACUUUUACUUGUUUCCGAAGAUAAAGUCUGCCUUAAAAGGAAUCCGGUUUGAAUCGAUGGAAGAGGUGAAACAAAAAUCGGCGGAACUCCUGAAUGGUCUUACGAAAACAGACUUCCAGCACUGCCUCGAGCAAUGGAAGAAACGAAUGAAACGGUGUGUGAAGAGGGGAGGAGAGUAUAUUGAAGGGGAACAUUUGGUUGUGGAAUAAUUUUUAAAAUAAAACCAUUUUUCAUAAUCAGUCUCGUUAUUUAAUAGCCAGACCUCGUAUGUGAUCGCAAGUUCCUCUUGUGACUCCCUCCACUCAAUUGUAAUAACUCUACUACAUAUAUGGUUAUUAUUUUAAUUUUUAAUACGAUUAAUAUUCUGGUUAAUAUACUUUCAAUAAUAUAGUAUUUAACAGUUUUGUAAAUUUCAAUACCUGUAACCUAGUCAGUUUUUUUCCAUUUCUUCACGACUUCACGUUUUUGUUUUUUUAUUUUAUUUGAUGUUUAUAGUUAUAAUAUGUUGUCAUUUUGUAUUUAUUGCUUGCUCAUACAUUGUUUUCUAAAUGAAAGGUACAUUAAUAAUAAUAGUACAGUAAUUUCCAGUCUAUUGAAACAUUUCAGAAAAAAAAUGUUUACUAUGUUUUUAAAUAAUACGAGUAGAACCUAAAUAAUAGAUGCAUUAUAUCAAAUUAUCAGGCUACAAGGUUAUAACAUAGUCCAGAACUCCAAGGUCAUCUAAAAAAUUCCUAUUUCCAGACCGACCACUUGUCUGCAUCCGAAUUGUUUACCAAAAAAAUGUCCAUUACAACUAUUAUUUUAUUUAAAUUAUCUUGGUCUCCUCGUCAAAGGCAUCUGUGUAUUUAAAUCUUUCGAAACCAUUUAUUUUUAGUUUUUAAGAAAUGUGAUACGUAAUACUUAGUUAUAAGUCCGUAAAAGUGAAUUUUAAGCAGUUUAAGUUAAUUUACGAGAACGACUGCGUAGUCGUUCUCGCAAAGGGUAAUAAAACUAUCAAGGCCCGGGAGUAACCGUAUUUGGAUUGUGAAACGCGUGUUUUAUUUCCAGGUCCAUCGCUUUUUAUCCUCGUGGGUCAUCGCCUUUGGUUCGGGUCUAUAUAUGUAUAGGCGUAGGUAACUACGUAGAGUUAGAUUUAUUACAGACUUAGUUUUAUUUCUUUUAGAAGAACCGAACGACUAUCGGAAUUGUCCUCUCGUAUGUUCGAUCCACGGGCUUGUAAGUCAAAGUUUCAGUAAUAAAUCAAUACUUCUACUUUUAUUAAGUGUUGAUAUAUUUCUUUAAAACUUUACUUUUUUAACAUAUCUGAAGAGAUAUUGACAUAAGGUGCUUUCCGUCAGAUAAUAGAAUUGUACCGUACCACCAGACAAGGCAAGUGAAGUUGUAAGGUGUAGGUAAGUAACCUCGUAAGAGUAAUUUAGAAAACAUUUAUAUUAAGUGUUUGGAAAAACACAUUCUUUAGAAUUUUUACAAAAGUAACUUAACCAACUUCAGCAUUUCGAUAUUGGAAUACGUUCAGGAUUACGGUAAUAGAGUAGAAAAAAUGUAUUACGAACUUUCAAUGCGCAUUUUAGACAAACCCGCUACCGAAACAAAAAUUAUCGUGCAAACUAUUCAGUCAUAGGCACUAAGUAUUUUCAUCGUGGGUAUUCAAUACACUAUAAGUAAAUCUUGAAAGUAAAUAAUGUUAUAAUAUUCGAAGAAGCUGUGUUUUUAGCGUUAGAAGUAGAAAAAACAAAUUAGUAAUUUAAAUAAAAAUGAACAGUCGAAUGGUCAAGCCAAAUUUUGUGUUUAUUAUAAAAAGAUAAUAAUUAAGGAUAUCAUACAAUAACCUUAUGUCGCAAGCGUACGUUUAAUGAAGAAAAAAAAUAGAGGUGGACGAGAUUUAAUUAUAAAAUUCGACGUAGUUAAAUCCGAUUUUCGAUAUCCUGGAAUUUUAAGGCGUGAUUUUCUUAGAAAAAUUCACAUUAUAUUAGAUAUAAGUCACGAUUUAUUUGUAAUACCAAUAUAUAAAUCCACUUAGUAGAACCGGCAAUCUUACCGGAACAUAAAGUAAAAGUUACCAUUGAAAAUCAGGAAUUAAAUGAAAAUGUCGUAGUAGCAAUUUGCGUUAAGCGAGUUAUAAAUAAUCAAGUAACAAGUACUAUAAUAAAUAUUUUAGAGGAAUCUUUUAUAAUUAAGGGGUUGACUACCAGCAAUCUUAAGUAGGAACUAUACGAUGAACAAAUUCUCACAGUUAGUAAAGUUCCUGACGUAAAUGGGAGCUGAAUUGAUAAGUUAACCAAACUGAUUUCCACUGAUCAUUUAAAAUCAGAAGAACAGAGGAGCAUAGUUAGGCUAACUAACUUCCGAUUUUUCGGAUAUUUUCUUUCUAGACAGACCUUUUGACAGUGACGACGAUUAAAACACCGUGUUAUGAUAAACUAAUUAAUAUACGUCCAUAUAGGUUGCUGUGGGCAUAUCAGGAGAUUAAAAAACAAAUAACCGAAUGAAAUAACAAAUAAAUGAAAUAAAGUAAAAUUAUAUAAAAUUCAGUGUCAGCAUUUAAUUUCCCUCUAGUUGUACCUAGUUGAAAAGACAAAUUUGGAUUCAAACGGCGGGCCGAAACUCAGAUUAUGCGCAGAUUUCAAACGAGGUCACUGACAUCGAAGCCUACGGAUCACCAAAUUUGGUCGAAAUAUAAGAUUCCUUAGGCUCUUUUUUAUAUUUAGCUAGCGGGUACCAUUAAAUUAAAAUUUAAAAUCGAUUUGCGUGAUAUCCUUAAAAUAGCUUUCUCGAGUAAAUUUGGACAUUAUGAGUUCUUACGAAUGCCAUUCGGAUUAAGUUCCGCACCGGCUACGUUCACCCGCGGUGUUGAGCGGUUUAGAGGAAUUAUAUAUCGAAUAUCUAGACGAUUUUGUAUUAUACCGAGUCCAGUUUGUUGGACCACUAGCAGAAGCUGGUAUGAGUUAGAAAUUUAUGUUUAUUUUUUUGGCAUGAAAUUCGAAUGCACCGGGCCACUCCGCACCUGUAUUUAAAAGAUUGGCAGCCCAGUGGAUUUCUUUUAAAACUCGUUCGGAUUUUAAACUAACGACGAUGAGGUUGUCCUAUAUUGAAAAAUUGGAAAAAGAAUCUUUGAGAGGUUAGGUUUUUUUAUUGAUUUGUUAUUUUCCAAAUAAAGCAAGUGUUAUUCUAUAUCAGUUUAAAUAUUUUACCUAAUAGUAAUUUAAUCAGAUAUUUAUUAAUACUGCCAUUUUUAGUGAAGAUAAGGCAUCUUGUCUGAUGUUUGCAAUAACUAGUAAAAGAUAAACACUAUAUUAUAUAAUAUGUUCACCGUUUACUCACAAAAUGUUAAUUUUGUUCCUGAUGUUUGUUCGAAGAAAGUGAAAUAUUUUAGUAACAAAUUCGGUUCAGUUAAAAUUCCUAGAAACUAAAGAAAAUCAAUUGACUUAAAUGUACACUUUUAUUUACCUAUGGAAUAUAUUAAAAUAUACGGUUUUUGUAAUAGAAAUUAAACUUUGUUGUAUAGUUUUUGAAAAAAAUUAUAGUGCGAAAUAGCGUGGCAGUCUCUGUUAGAUAUAGAUAUAAUUCUAUAGCUUCUCUUAAGUAGGAUUUUAUGAUUUCCAAUGUUUAAUUUUUAUUUGGUUUCAUGUGGAUAAAAUUAUUUGGCUUAUUAGAAAUACCUGAAAAUUUAACACGAAGUUCGUUAUAGGUUGCAUUUGAUGUUAAAAAAAAAGUGGAGUUAAGUGUAGUCAUUUUUUUUUUUUCAUAUAUAGAAACACUCUCAGCUCAAAUGUUGACGAAAAUCGUAAAAAAUUUCGUAAAACAACAUUUCAAAACACGUACAACCGAACCUUGCUCGGACUGUUUUUCGUUAACAAUAGUUUUUUGUUGGUUAUAGACAUAAAUUUAAUAACUUUGUGUGUCUCACCUUCCCUAUUAUCCACCUACAACAGUGGCCGUAUCCGUCCCCAGUAUCAGUUAUUUUCUUUUUUUUUUUUGUACCGCUGUAAAAUGACGAGAAUAAUGGUAACUAUUUCUGGUUUUCAGAACUAUUGUACUACUAGAUUUCAAUUAUUACAUGACUGCAAUAUUAAUUUGGUGUUCGUUCCGUGCACUAUCCUGGAUAUAUUUGCUGAAACCAUACAAAAGUCACAUAAUAUAUUAUGUAGUAGAUAUACGAGGUAGUGCACAUAAGGGCGUUCCUAAUAUUUGGAUCGAGUUCCUAAGAAAAAAUCAUGUAAUUGUUCAUAUUUUUAUUUUGUUUCUAGAUGAUGCUCCACGAGAAUUGCAUUUUUCCAUUUAAAAUACACGUGUUUUUAGAAUGUUUAAGAUUUAAUUUAUCUCUAUGCUUAGUAUAUUAUCCGAAAAAAUUGUAAACUGAUAGUAAUUGACUCAUAACUUCGGCGGGGGGGGGACUUAAUUUUGAAGGAGUUAUAAAAAAACAUCAAAAACAUCCACAAUUCCGAUGCCAACACGUCAAAAUAAAAAUCUGAAAAAAUUAAAAGAUUUAGUUUUAAUUAUUUUGAACUAGUUUUUUCACUUAGGAAUUUUGAACCUCCCCCCCCCCAAAAAAAAAAAAAAAAAACUUAUAAGGAACGCCCUAUUGAACAUACUCUAUAAUACUUAAAAUACUUUGUAGUAGAUCAAAUAUUUAAUAAAUGUCGACAUUAAUACACGAAUUUUAUGAGAAAAAAAAUCCAUAUUAUGCUCUUGGGAAGUUUAUUACCAUAUUUGAAUAUUACAUUUUUUUGUGUGUUAUGCAUAUUAUAAUACCUACUAACAUUUCUCCUUCGUCUGCAGACGUCAAAAACAUUGUAUCUAUCUUUUUAUAUUAUAUUUUGCGUGUCUUACAACUUCUGUCUAUGAAUGUCGAGUACAUUUUGAAAAUAUACAUUUCUCGGAAGUAAGAACGCGAGUUUUGUAAUUUAUAUAAUCUAUAUGCAGUAUACACCAAAUAAACAAAACUAGUUAGGUACAAGUACUAAACUUAUUGGGCGUGGUUAUAAUUAAUCAUAUUUUCAUUGUAAAAAAAAAACUUUAUUCUGCUUUAUUGGGCGUGGUUAAUAAAAUUAAUCAUACUUUCAUUGUAAAAAAAAAAACUUGGUCGGAUAAAGGAUAAAUUUUGAAAAUGUUCGAUAAAUUAUCCUAGUUUGUGUAUCAUUAGUUAGUAAAUUCUAAUACUACGAUUCUAAAAAUAGUUAUUCAAUUUUUUUUAUUUUUUUUUACAAUAUACGUUUACAGCUUUUUAAUUAAUAUAAUAUAUAGAUUAUGAAUAAAACAUGGAAAAAAAAACAAAAAUUUAAAUAACAAUAACAUUUGUAAAUUAAAUUUAAAAAUGAUGUGUCUUACAAUGUGGUCAUCGCUUACCUCACUAUAAAAUAUCCAAUAACAGUUUGUUAGACGUAUUUGUAGCUACUAUAAUCCGAUCAAUUGGAUUGUUAUUUAAGCAAUUCAACUUAAUCUACCUGCAUUAAAUAAGUCCUGUGACCUAGUAUUUGCUCCACGUACUUGAAAUUUAAAUUGUUCAAGUAGCCUGGGAGCAUUUAAUUUACCACUAAUAAAGCCAUGGAUGAAUUUAAUAGCGAGCCUUUGAAGUUUAAUAGUCAAUAGGCUUAAACCUAAACUAUUAGCGAUCGGGGUGUAAUCGUAUGAUUGAUGGGAGAUUUUUAAUAAAUAACCAGCGCACCUCAUAAAACGUUUUUGGACAUGGUCAAUCUUCUGUAAAUCGGCUUUAAGAUACGGUAAUCAUACUGCUGAACCAUACUGAAUUAUAGAUAUUACUUUAAUGAUGAAUAUUUGUUGGUGUAUAUAGGUUAAAGGUUUGUAUAAAUAAAUUUUUGUCAACGACAGUUCUAUAAUUUGGGAUAAAUCCGAUAUCCAAUAAAAAUAUUGUCAGUAUUAUUCAUUAAAAUAAGGAAAAUAAGAGAUUUAAAUAGACUUAUCCACUGGGCUCUCCAUCCAUUUUCAUAUUUUAUGAGAACUCAUACAAUCUCUACUUUGAUUUAGUAUAGAAUUUUGUUGUGCAUAUCUGCUCCAUCCUUAGUUACAAUUAUAAAAGUAAUCUUUUAUACGCUGAUUUUAAUAACGAAUUUUUACAUAAUUGUUUGCAGUUAGUGUUUUUGCUGUUGUUAUAUAUUUUAUAAAUUAUGUAUAUAUUAUAUUUUAAAAACCCUAAAUAAGUAUAUACUUUUGAUUGGCAAAUAGGAACUCCAUUUUUCGAAUGCAGAUUCGAAUAACACCAAUGUAGUAUUUACUAUUUAUGAGUUAUGACAGUUUAAAGUUUAAACCGGAGGAGUAAGGAAUGGUUAUGCGUGAUCAUCUAUAUGUAUCUAUAUCUAUAGAUCUAUAGAUGGAUAUAUAAUUCAUAAUCUUUCCCUACUUCUCUGGUCUAAACUUUUUAAACUUUUAAACGGUAAAUCUAAUACUAAUAUCGGACUUGCACGCCAACAUUUUUAGAAAAAUAUUCUCUAUAAUCAAAUCUGUGUUCAAAAAGGGCGUAUCCUGAUUGAAAAUCAAACUUAUUUACUGAUUUAAAGUAUAUGGAGUAGGGUUGCAAAAUUAAAAAUAUUUUUAAAAUAAAGUUUAAAUGAUUGCACAAUGAUUGAAAAAAAAAAACCAUAAAAUACUUAAAAUCUUCGGAGAAAAUGUCUAAUUCAUAAUAAAAUGAUCUACCUAAACCUAUCCGAUAUUAUAUGAGUAUGUGUACAUGAUUUAAGUUUCCGUAUACUUAUUUUUCAUAAACUAUUUUUUAAAUAUAUUACCCGUAAAUUUACAUUUUUGUUAAACCCAUAAUUUAUUUUUGGAUAACUAUUAAUAUAAGGCUUCAUACUUUAUACUCGAUUUUAUAUGUUACACAAUGUCAAUAUACUCUAAUCUUUUAAUACUUACGUAGAAGUACAGGAAUAAUAGUUGUCAUUGUUUUUUCGAACCUAAAGAAAAAAAAAACGUUUUUUUUCUUUGAGUACAGGACAAUUUUUUUUUUCAUCAAUAUAUUCAGUGAUUAUUUCGGUGGUUUUUAAGUAAAUUAUAAUAUGUUUGCUUUUAUUUUUCAAAUUAAAAUUAAAAUUAUAUUAACUUUUCCCCGUAUAGCCUUUUAAAUGCUUUGUAUUUUCAAAUAACAACCCCCAUUUUCAACUUAGAUUUGAAUUAGGAUUAUUUUUCUAAACAUUUCGAUAUGCAUAACACACUUAACUUGGAUAUACCCACCAUUCAUAAAUUAUAAAAGAUGACUAUUUAGACUGGAGUAUAGUAGAGAAGAAUAAUAAAUUUUGUAUUCAUUUUCGGAAAGUUAAUACAGGAGUUUAUAUUAAUUUUAGACAGGUUUAAUAAAUAAGGGUCAUAUUUCAAAAAUAUAAUCAGAACAUUCUAUAUAAUGAUUCGGAGAAAAAACUUUAAUUUAUUCAAAUAUUUCAUAGAUCAUCGCUUAAUCGCGAUCAAAAAUAUCAACCUGUGUAAUAUGUGUGCUUAAUAAAUAAAGAAGGGGGGGAAGGGUGAAACAAUUUAUUAAACAAACACACAUACACACACACACACACAUACACAUACCCUUAAGUAAAAGUAAAUUGGUAUUUAAGUUAGUUAUAUACCCAAGUAUAUAUACCUAAAUCUAAUAUGAUAUGACUAAAACUAACACUUUAAUCAUUAUAAGCAGAAGUAUGAACAUUUUAUUUGCGGAAUUCGAUUUGAUGCCAUUUAGUUGUUAUGAUGGUGCAUUACGUUGAUAUUUUGUCAACGGGAAUUUUUGAUUAUGAUCCAAAAUGUUUAAAAUAUACUUAUGACAUAUUAUGUUUUAUUUUUAUUUAUAAAUAUCAGGGGUUUUAAAUAAUUUAUUAAACAUCGAAAUACGUUCGUGUAUGCCUUUUAAAAAGGCGCCCACGAAUAAGCUGCAACUGUCUGAAGCUGCAAUGUUUUGUUCCGUGAUUCGGGAGUCGCAAUCGAUUUGGUCGGUUGUUGUUUUCGUUCGCGGUCAACGUUUUUGGCAUCGAAUCCGCAUAUACGAAAAUAUUCUUAACUAAUAAAUACCGCGAGCUUACAACAAUAUUGCGGUGGGGUUUAAUCUUAUUAUAAUUUCCGCAUCGUUGUUUUAUUUGCGCAGGAUUCUCAGAAAAACGUCCGUAUUACGUUUCAACGUUUAACGUAUCAAUUUAUAUUUUUACGUGGUACGGUAGUUGAUCAAAUUGAAUGAAGAUUGUUGAAAGUCCGACGGUGACACACGAUAAUAUCCUCUCUUGUGGUCAUGCACAUAAAAAAUUUCAUCUUUCUAACUUUAUCCAGGCGGUCUGUUGGGGUAUUUAAAACUUAAAAAAAUAGUCCUCUGCAUGGUAAAAUUCACAUUUAAAUUCAAUUAAACUUUAAUCGCUUCAACCCACCUAUAAAGUUGUUAUAAAACAACUUUAGUUUUUAAGUUUAAGCUCAUUUGGUCCGAAGAGAUGAGCGGAUUACCAUAAAUCACUAAAAGUCUACAUAAAUCGAAGUAUUAUAGUGGAGAAAUGUUAUUGGUGGAUAUACUUGGGGUGAUCAAUCCUUGAUAACACCUAUUAUCUCAAAUUUUUUUUAAAAAACGAGCAGUUUUAAAAUGUUCCUUCACCGUACUUUUUCGUCGUCCAUAUUUCUGAGGGUAAACUGCUUCCCAAUUUUUAUUUAAAAAUAGCAACUUAAAUUAAUAAGUUCCAUAAAUAGAUGAACUUUUAGUUUUAACUAAUUUUGAUGUUGACAUUUUUAUUUUACGUUUAAUAUUCUACCUUUGCCAUUUUAUUGGUAUGAGGAGAGUAGUGGAGCACUACUUAAACGUCGCUUAAAUUAUGCGCCACCAUAUACUAUUCUUCUACUAAAACUUAAACAUAUCAACGCCAACAUUUAUUUAAAUUAAAACUUUAUCUCUUUGAGGAAUUUUUAAUGUAAUUUGCUAUUUGAAAAUCAAAAGUGGAUCAAUAGUGGUUUCACGUUUCAUCUAUAAAAAUAAGGGUGACAACAAAUAAAGCCAGUAUUUCAUUUCAAAGCAGUUUUUUUUAUAGAUUUCCUUAAUUAAAAAAGAAUCCCGAAAAAAGUUUAUACUUUCUAGGAUAAUGAGUGGCAUCGAGAAUUUAUCACGUUGUAUAACAGUCUACAAUAUUUAGGGAAAAUUUUAUAGAAUUAAAAAUGUUUAUAUAUUUAUUGAUGCGAUUUGUAUUUUGGUUUACAGUUGAAAAUGGUUACGCUAAGAGCACCGUCAUUUGUCGUUCGGCGAAUAUGCGUGUUUGUCUUCCUCGGUGUUAUGGGUUAUUCGAUUUUUCUAAUGACCCGAAACAAUUCGUAUUACGACAUGUCUGACAGAAAUGUUAUGUUGUAAGUAUACUUGCAUAUUUUUUUUUUAAUCAUUUAAUUUAAGUUAUUUCCAGGACAAUUUAAUAAAAAUGCCCUGGAAAUAAUGCAAAAAUAGAUUAUUACCAUAGAUAAUAGAUUAUUACCAUAGAUAAUAGAUUAUUACCAUAAGCGAUAAAUGUACUAUUAAAUAUUUGUUAGAUAAAAUUCUUUCAAACUACCUGUGUGUGCAGAAAGUGCUCGUCGUGCUAAUUAUUCUGGUGGGCAACAAAUUAUUACUCCAAACUGCUGUUGCGUAUCCCAUGUUGAACAAAAACAAAAACAAAAUAUCCGUACCCUAUUCCCCUUUGUAAUAAUAAAAUUUUACAAAAUAUAAUUUUAUAUUAUAUAAUUAUCUUUAUUAUAGCCCAAGUGAUAUUAUAUGUAGUAUUCCAAUAGGUUAUAUAGUUAAUUUGUUUAAAUUAGUUUUACACACUGAUGUUGUCACGUAUUUGCAUGCCAAGGCAGUUAUAAAAUAUUAUAUUUUAACCAUCGCAAUUGAAUGAACAAUAAUAACUGUAUGCCUGUAUGUUACGAGUAAUAUAUACGACUAAUAAAAAAUUACGAUAUGUGUGCGAACAAAAUUUUUAUUCUACUAUACACCUUCCUACGUCCGACUAAGAAUAUAAAUAUUUACUAAAUAUUCUACAACAGACUUUUAUAUACAUAUAUUUAUAGGGUGAUUCAUUGUCAAUGGUACUUCCUUUAUUAAAAAUUACAUAAAUAGACGAAGUAUUUAGUUUAAAUGCAUUUUUGUGUUGAAAUUGUUGAUUUUCGUCAACCCGGUGAUGAAAUAUUCUAUUCUUAAGCUUGGAUAAAGGGAGUGUAGUAAAGUACUAUUCAAAUGCUGUGCCGCCACUCAAAUAACGCUAUACUAAGUGGAAUAUCUCGUCAACGAGUUGACAAAACUAAAACUGUUGCGUAUCCCAUGGAUACCAAAUGUAUUUAAACUAAUACUCCAUCUAUUUAUGGAACUUUAAAUAUAUUGCCAUUGAAAAAUCAAAAUUAUAUUGUCGUUUCACUUCAAAACGGGUAAUGCCACAUUUUAGAAUAUAUUAUAAUUCCGAAAAUUCAUUUUUUAUAAUGGACAAUUCGACUGUACCGUGCUUUUUGAAUUGCCCAUGUAUUCAUCGAAAAUUGAAUGGCAUUCUCGAGAGCUAAGUAUCUAAACCUAACUCAACUUGUUGUUUUCUCAUUAUUGAGAAAUACAAACAAAGAGUAUUCUCUUUCCUCCAGACUUUCUUAUUGCCCACCUUUCGUUUUCCUACAAUAGAAUGUAUAACACUCAAGAUAAAAAAUUUUACUAGGUUUUUUUAAAUUUUAAAUAAUCUUACACUGUAAACUAAAAGAUAAUAAAGGCAUUUAAGACCGCAUAACCGGAUUCAAGAGAUAAAAAGUGUGUAUAUGUACCUAAUAAAUAAAUAGUAACAAAUGUAAAAAAAAACGCAAAUGUGGUCGUAUCAAAAUAUCAUACUUUAAAUCAGUGAGUCAUAUAAUAAUGAAUGUAACGCAUCAUUGUAUACUUAACGAAUAAUUACUACUUAGUAUUUUUCUACUAUUAUUAUUUUUUUUUUUUUUUUUUAGAAAGCAAAUCGAAAAUGAAAUAAUAAAAUCUUCAUACGAUCUAGAUUCCAUAAAAAAGUAAGUUUUUUUAAUUUUCAAUGUCUAUAUUAUUAAUUUGGGGCUUUGAACCAAGAGUGAAGAGUGAACUCUACCUUUUGUAACAUUUAAACGGAUAGUAGUUUUUUUUUAUUAAUUUAUUUCCAGGUUACGUUGGCGAUAGGUUAAAAAUAUUCUAAAUUGUCCAAAACACGAUUAUAAAUAGUAUGUAUAUAUGAUCGUGGUUCAAAGCCCAGUUUGUCAUUUUGAAAUGAUAUUAUAUUUAAAAAAUAAAUAAAUAUAAUUACGUAUUUAAUAUAUAAUGUUUAUUAUUAAUUUGAUUUAUGUGUUGCGUUUAAUUUGAUUACGAAAUAAUGUUUACCUAUACUUACCUAGUAUAAAGUAUGUUUGUAAUGUUUUGCCUCGUGUUUUGCAUUGUCAUAAUUGUUAUUAUAGUUUAUGAUUUGUUUAAUUCGUGUUUGAAUGGCCAUUUUUUAUUUUGUGAAGUAACGGGAGGAUCGAAAUUCACGCUACGAACCUAAAAUGGUUAUAGCUGUGCGGGCCGGGGGCUAAGUAAAAACCUCUCGUUACGCGGACACCAAAUUCUUCGUGUGCGUCUUUACCCACCGACCGGGAAUGUGUAUGUAUGUAUAACGCUCAUCAUGAAGUGGUAGGGUUCGCCGGACAAAACAAGUGUGCGGCGUGGCGUUGUGUACAUAAUAAUAUUGUGUGUGUAGGUGUGAGUCGUGUAUAGGUUUAAAACUAAUGACAAAAAGGGUAAUUAAAUAAAUGGUAAUUCGGAAUGGUAAUCACUUAUUUGAAUUGCUGGUACAAAUAAAUUAAUCAAUGAAAAAAAAAAUAGGCAUGUAUAAAAAUAACAAACGACAGUUUGCAUUGUCAAGACUUAGUGACGAGUAAUAAAUAAUUCAACAAAAAAUAUUAAUUAUUUUUGACUAGCAAAUCGUGGUAAAAAUACCGAUUUGCUCGAUUGGCGUUUCGAAAUAUGAGCUGCUAUUAAAUGAAGAUGGCUGCAUACGAAUCAAUAAAAGUAUUGAUAAUAUUAGAUUGCCGUUAUCCAUAUUUUGAGAUUAAUUCCUGUUGAUUCCAAAACCAUCUAUUCGGUUUUUGUCAGAUAAUUAUUUCGGUAAACAGUUUUCAGUAGAGUCCUCUAAUCGUUUCAGUUUGUAGUUUUUUUUUAAUUAAAAAAAUUAUAAAUAUAUAAUAUCAUGUUCAUUUACUCUCGAAAUAAUUUUUUUGCAUGUAUGUAUUUAAUUUCAAUCUAAUAUGUUCGCAUAAAUUAUGGUAGGUAUUGCUUGUGAUGUUUUUAUUAUAAUUUUUUUUUUUUUUUUUUUUAAAUUUUUUUUUUUUUUUGAAAUCUUGUUAUUUUAUUAUUUUAUAAUAUAUCUCAUAUUGGUUGUAUUUUUCGUUUUUUUACUAUUAUAUUAUUUAUUUUUAUAUUAGCAUGAACAUCAAAAUCGUAUGAAUUAUGAAUAUACAAAAAAAGAAGAGAAAAAAAUAGUCUGCUUGAGGUAUACAACAUGACUGGGUUACAUCAGUUUUGAUUGGUAACAUUAGCUUUUUUUUUUUUUUGUUAUCAAAUAGUUAAAUUUGUUUAUCAUAAAAUGCAAAUUAACCAUACAUACAUAAAUAUGGGUGUAUAAUGCACUGCGGAUUUCUAAUAAACGUUGAAUAAAACCUGGGAAUUGCAUGUUGCAGCUCAAAAAAGAAUUUAAUUCACUUUUAUUUAUAAUUGUAUACAUAUUAAUGAUUAGUGGACACCAAUUGUAACAAUUAAUAAUUUAUUAAAUUGUCUUGAUUUUUGGUUUCGGGCAAAAGUAAUGACGGAUUUGGUUAGGUUGAGUUUAGAUGAAUUACUUAUUAAUUAGUUAUGUUUCUAGAAACUACGAGUAUUUCAAACGAAAUUAAUAUAUUAAAUAAUUUCAUACGGCUACGGUCCAUUAUAUGACGUAGACGCCCGCUAAAAAAGCUUUUUUUUUAAAUUUAACCCCUAUAGGGGGCUAAAAAGAACUGUCAAAUUUUGUAUAUAAUAUCAAUGCACAACCCAAAUCGCCGGGUCUAGAAACUUAAAAUAUAUUUCACUUAUAACGUAGAAAAUCAUUUAGGAAAGCUUAUAGGUUUAAGAGGAUGCCACACCGACAUCUACUGUCUCAAGCAAGAUAUAAUCAUUUUUAAAUUAUGAUAUUCAAUGUACUCAUAUUUCAUUUAAAAAGAAAAUUAUCAAAAAAUCAUCAUCGCUAGGGCAUGUAUAAUCUUCUAUCUUUAAGUUUGGUUUUAAGUUAAUUCGCUUUAAUAAUAAAACUAACGUCACAAAAUGUGUUCUACUGAAUCCAAACUUGUUAUGUCUCGUGUUUGUAAGACGGAGACAGUAGAUAUCGGUGUGGCGUCCUUUCAAUAAGAGGUUGAAAGGGAGUUAAAAAGUUUUAAUACAUUGAGUAAAUAUUGUAUGCUAAUAAUAUAAAUUCUGAAUGCGUAUUUAACUUGAUUUGUUUUUAUAUCGCCUCAAAAAAAUGUAAUUUUUUGCAUAUAUUGGAAUAGUUGGAGGACUGGGAAGUGACAUACGCUACAUUGCAUUCCGGAAGAACAUCUCAUUUACGUGAACAAUUUAUAUCUCAUCUCUAAUUUUUAAAAAAUGUAUAACUCUUAUGUGUUUUAACGUUCUUGCGCCUUUAGAUAGAGCUUAAUAAAGACUACCGAUCUAUAUCAUAAUAAUAAUAGGUUAUUUCGGAGAUUUAAUUCUUUGAGGAUUGAAAAGAGGUGUCGAAAUUGGUGUAGAAAAAUAACUAUAAACCCAUUAGGAAUUAUGAUACAUCGGAACGACAGAGUUGCGCAAGUAGACAACAGAUAAUUUUUGUAUUUUUAUAUAAAACUGAAAGAUAAGGUAACUUAGGUAAACGUAGAAUAAAUUAAAUUUCAAAGGAAAAUGAUUCCGUAUUUAUAAUUCAGCUCAUGGGAACCUAACUCGUGGGCCGCGGACCGGUGAUCGAAGGUAUAAGCCAAUCGUUGGCAAAUUUUAUAUUUUUUGUAUUAUUAUAAUAUAAACGUUUAUAUUUCGAUCGAAAUUUAGUAAUAAUCCCGCAAUUAUCGCUAUCGUAUAAUUUCAUUGAUUGUCAUUUUUUUAUCUAGCUAUAUUAAGUACUCUAGAAUAUUUGUCGUAUUUUAUCAUGCUCGGCGUAGAGUUUGGGUAAGCUGCCGCUCCCGUGGGAGUAAUACAAUAUCAAAAAUCGCAUUUUUCAUCUUUAACCACUUGUUUAUAAGUUGAAUACAAUAAAAAAACUACUUUUUUUUAUACAAAAAUAUUUUUUAAUUUUUCCUGUACGGUUUUUCAUAACUAACGCAUAUUGCAAUAUGCGCGUUAUAUAUUAUAUAUCUACCUAAUAUACAUAUUGUAUAAAUUAUAAUAUUAUAUUAUUUAUUGGUCGCACGUUUACAGGUGUCUUUUAUUUUUUUAUUUUUACCUGUAUAUUAAUUUAGUAGGCCUUAAAAUAUUUGUAACUGUUUCACUGUGAAAAUUAUGUUCAUAGUUUAUCUACAUUUCCCCUACCCAUUUAUCUUUCAUAUACCCCGUAGAAAAGACAUUAUAAAAAUCUAUGUGGACGAAGUCUCGGAUUACAUAGCUAAUAUUAUUAUAAUAUAAUUAUUGCCGAGCUAUAAUACUAUAAUAUAGUUGAUAUUUUCUAUGAACAGAUUCCGCUCAUGGUUUAUAAUUUUUUAUGAUGUAAUCACAAAUUACAAAAUAAUAAUAAUAAUAAAAGUUUUUAAAAAAAACCUGAUACUAUAUUGUUGUAGAUGGGAAGUAUUUUACCACUAGAUUUUCAGUACUAGAAAGCUAUCACGUACACAAUAAAAUAAAAACAAUUUUAAUAAUAUAUUAAAUAUAUCAAAUGAUUAAAAAAAUUACAUUAUGUUUACCUUUCUUCAUAACCUUAAAGAUAAUAAUAAUGAUUAUAGUAAUAAUAACAAUCCUUAAUCAGUUCUUUAAUUUUAUAUUUCUAUAACAUUUGACUAUACUAAUAUAACAUAUUAUGUGCAUAAAUUCGUUUUAUUUAUAUUUAAUUUAAGUUUAUUUUUAUAUUUUUAUUUAUAUGUAAUUAAACCAAAAACAUUGUUAUCAGUAACCAGAAGAAGGUAAAAUACGGAAACUGAGUAUUUACGAAAAUAUUAACUUAAAACACAUUCUAAAUCAGGUUUUUCAAAUAAUUUUUUAUAUUUUAGAUUCUUUAGGUUUAAUUCUAUCGAUACAUGUAUUUUUUUUUAUCGGAAAACAUGUUUUCCGUUAAUAAAAAUGCCACAAUUUUUUCGUCGUAUUUUAAAAGACGUCGAUUGAUUAUACCUCUGAUCGUACUUUUAUUUAAAAAUACUUUCGAAUUCCCAGGAGUUUUUUUAAAAUAUUAAAAAACUUGAUAACAUAUACUUCAAUACUUUGGUUUUAUUUUUGUUGAUUUCUGGUCAUAUAUUGGAUAAAAAAACUGUAUAGUCUUACCCACAGUUUAUCGAGAGUAAUUUAGAAUCAGUUUUUGACUGCACCUUAACCUUAUAAACGAAAACUGAAAAAACUAAAUUACUUUAUGUACUAAAUUAUAAAUACUUCCUAGCUUCUCACAUAUAACAGCAGUCAGGUGGCCUCUACCCAUGGUGUGAAGUAUGUUCGGAUUUUUUCAAUUUCAUUUAUUGAGUAUAAAAUAAUUUAUCGCAUUGUAAUAUUAAAUUAUUGGUACCAACUACCAAAUAAAAAUUAGUAGUGUAUUAUAAUUCGUUAAUUGUUACGAAAGAAAAAAAUAUUAAAUACAAAGAAAAAAUUCUAAUGAUAUCUAUAGAAUCAGCCUUGGGCCUGCAGUUUUCUUUUAAUAAUUGAUCAUAUUUCAAUACUUGUACAUUUGUUGUGUAUAAUAAAUAUUGUGAAACAGUACGCACACGUUUUUUCCUCCUCUGUGUUAUGUUUAGGUUAGGGUCGUUAAAUCCGUCUUUGUCUUAUCUUAUUUCAAUCGAUGCAGUUUUUUUAAAGCAUUUCUGCAGGACCUCAGCGUCUACCAACCUUCCACGCAAAUAUUUUUUGGGUAAGGCAAAUCUAAGUUUUAAAACAUUCAUAAUGCAAUAUACAUAAUUUCCCUGCAAUGGACCACCUCCGAUUUUCGUUUGUGGCGUUGAUUUUGUCUGUAAAUGGAAACAAUUUAACUGAUUCGUCUAAUUUACAAAAGCAUUUUCGUAUAAUCUAAUUUCGAUAUUUUCAUAUUUCUUAUCUUAUUUUAUGACAAGAUUCGCUAUCGCGUAACAUGAUAGUCUCAUUUUUCACACCUUUCUCUAAAUAUUAAAAUUGCUAUUGUUGGUACUAAAAAAUUAUUCGUCGAAUAUGAAUGUAUGAUAUGUAUAAUGAUUGCAUUAAAAUGUUUAGAAUAACACAUUUUACAAAUGGGCUAUUUUGAAUAUUAUAAAGUUUUUUUCCCCGUGAUUGAGAGAUGGGAAUAUAAACUUAAUUUUGUUCUACACUUUUUUCCUCAUUCCUCCUCCUCAGAUUGAAAAAAAAAAUUAAUAUUGACAAAGUUAUUAGCAUGCGGAUAAUACCGUAUAAAUGUGUACCUAAAAAAAAAAAAUAUCGUUAAUAAUAAAAUGUUAUUAUAACAAUCAAGCUAAGUUUCAUUAAUGGGUGGCUGCAUUUUUAACUCUUUCAUGUUUCUUUAUAAUCUUAACUUAUAAUCUUAUUGUGCAAUUUUGUAUAGAUUUUUAAUCUUUAAUAAAGAAAAAAUAUAUAAAUAUUAUAUUAUCGUUUCAUACGCAGAAUCUAAUGACCUCGACUAUAACACAUCAACGUUGAACAACGUUGUAUAAUACAAUGUCGAAUAUUUUAUCAUUGUAAAAAUCGUACAUAUAAAAAAUUUACUUUAUUAUACGCUGUACUCAAAAAGUCCAACGUACUUCGCACCAUGAGACCUGAGGUUGGUUGGAAGUUUGAAGUACAUAGACAUAAAAUAAUUUAGUAAUUUAGUUUAUAUACUGAAAUGGUAAAUCAUUGUGAUCAAAAAAUGAUUCUGAGUGAAGUAGUAUUAGUUAAGAGAAAAUCGUACCUUAUAUUAUAUAUUUCUGUUUUUGUAGCCGAGGUAUAACCCAGGAAAUAAAACCAAACAAAUCAUAUAAACUCGAUGUGUUGACACCUGUUGUCAGUUGUUAAAAUAUUAUAGAAAAACCGUUGGGAAUCCAUUGGCAUUGUUUUCAAAUAAAGUGCCAUCUGGUAAAAUAUCUGCAUAUUUUGAAAUACGGGAUAUGUAAAAAUCAGAACCUUUUUAGUUUUUACUAGCCCAAAAGGUGUUUUCUAAUGAUAAACUCAUACACAAAUCUCAAUAAAACUAAUAGCUCUUUUAAUCCAACAAAAAAUAGAAUAUAUUAUCAACGGGUGGAUGAAAGUUAAACACUUUAUUACUACCAUUUAUUUUAACUAAAAUGUAAUUUAUUUAGGGAAAUUUUAAUAUAGGUUGCUAUUUGGAAAUGAAAAAUGGAUAGGAGUUCACAAUCGUGAAAUAAGGGUGACAACAAAUAACAGAAAUGUAACUUUUUAGUGCUGUUUAUUUCAUAAGUUUUUCCAAGAAAAAAAAAAUCUGAAAAAGUAAAUACUUUUCAAAAUAAUGAGUUUUUUACCGAGGAGUAAUCACUCUGUUUAGGUACGAGUAAAAAUCGGUGUGAAAAUUCGCGGACGACGAUUUCACUAUUGUACAUUAUUAUUAUUAUUAUUAUUUCAAUAACACAAUAUUUAAAGGAGAGGGUUCCCACGAUGCGGUGCGUGGCUCGGUGAGUUUGGUCUCAGGGAUGCCGGCUCCGUUAGAAUCCCUUGAUUCCGUGUACAAAAAUUCGGUUCCCUUAUGGGUAUAUUAGUACAAAGAAAAACACUAAGAGCGCUAGCAAUUCGUAAAUCUGCGCUCUGAUUGUUCGCUGAAUUUCACUCACGAUAUUUUUGUCAAACAACGUGAAAUAUUAUUUUUUUUAACAAUACAAUAAUACGUAUAGAUAUACUACGCAUGGUUAUACUUAGUAUAGUAUUGUACAAAUGUAUAGAUAACAGAAAAGACCGCCAUCAGAGAUCGCAGCGGCCAGUGGAUUCACUUUUUCGGCCAACUCGAUCAACUAUUUGUUAUCUCAAAAAUUAUCGGCAAGUCGUAUCCGCGGAAUUAUGUCUGUGUGUGUUAUCCAUUAUGUACCGUCUUUGAUGCCAAAAAAAGAAACAAGCUGCGCAUUUCAUCAGCGUUCCCAUAGACAUACGACGCGCCAAACCUGCUCAUAGUUUAUAACAUUGAAGCACGUGGCUCACUAUGUCACGUGCCGUGGGAGUUAUGGAGACAUUGUCAUAAGACAGAAUAGAUAUAAAGUUAUUUAAUUCAUUUCUGUAAAUAAAGAUAAACUAUUGUUAACGAAAAACGAUUCGGAACGAAGUUCGAGUGUACGUGUUUUGAAUGGUGAUAUACGAUUGCGUACGUUUGUCCCUUUUAGUAGCCCGAUUGUGCACAAAAAUGAGUGCAACGUUGCCUACAUGCACUAUUCAGUUUAUUUACUAUAUGUAUAAAGUUGUUAUGUGAAAGUAUAACAUACGAAUAUCUAGUGGAUACAGUAAAUUAACUGUUAAGUAAAAAUUAUGCAUGAAUUAAUACAAAAUUAUUCCAAGUUAUAUUUUAUCAGGUACUAUUGAAAUAAAACCAAUAGUAGUCAAUUAAAAACUAUUAUAAAUUAAUAAAUUAUAACGUAAACCUUGAUAUCGAUAAUCAGUUCAUGCAGAAAAAAAAUGUACCUAAUACAUUACCAUCUAUUUUAAAUUAUGCGAAUUGGUAGUUGUAUUAUAUGUGGUUAUUUUUUUGGAUAAAUUUAGUGUUGGAAUAGUAGUCAUGGAAAUAAUGUCACAAUUACGUUUAUCAAACUAUAGGUACCUUAUAGGUUAUUUGAUCAAAAGUUUUUCCUAAAAUAAGUUAAUUUACAAAUUUUUCAAAAAUCUUACGCAUGUGAACAUGCAACGGCAACGUUCCAUUAAAUUUGGGUAAAUAUAACGUACGCAAACGUAAUAGUGAAAAAGAUCUGUACGCAAUCGUAACGCAUCCUUUUUAAAAAACCGUGAUUUUUACGAUUUUCAUCAAAAUUUGACCUUGAAGACAUGAAAAAAAAAAAAUACUACAUUGCACUUCUUUUUUUUUUUUGCCACUUGGUAAAACUUAUAAUGAACCUCUUGUUAAAAACUGUAAAAACUGUACUUAGGUUCUGUCAAACAAUUAUAUCCGCAUAGUACCUAACAAAUGAAAACUACUUAAAAAACUUUUUUUAUACGUUUUAUAUUGUUUCUGGUUUUUCUCAAAUAUUAUUGAAACUAGUUAGCGAAUCAAAAUAUGGCAUUCCUUAUGCACUGACUUGAAUCAAAAUGCUACAUAAAUGCUCCUUUGUCAUUUUUUUUUUCGGUACUAGAUUUCUGGUGAAAAAUUUAUUAACUAAUAGAAAAAAAAAAUCAUCACAAAAAACACAUAUUAUAAUAGUUUAACCAAUAUAUACCUCGCUGGGCUGAGAAUAUAAAAUUAUCAUUCGGCAUCCUUCAGGCAGAAUAAUAUAAUAGUUGAAUUUAUUUAGGAUUCUGUGAUGCAAUAGAAGUUGGUCGCUAUCAGUUGGUGAUUUUAUCAUUUCCCUCGUAUUAUUAUUAUUAUUAUAUACGAGACUAAGUACCUAAUUUCUAAAUUAUUUAAUUAAUUUUAUCUAUGGUUAAUUUAAAAAAAACUUUUUAUCAUCUUACUUAAUUAUUUAAUUACUACAAAUAACUACUGGCAUGCAAUUUAUUUAAUAAAUAUCUAUAAGAUAUAUCGGACAGUUUGAAACAGCAGUCGACUUAUGCUGCGUCCAAAACCAAUUAUUUUGUAUUCUUUCAUAAUGUCAUCUCAUCGUAUUAAAUAUAAAUAUACCGAAGUUGUCUUUUUUUAUUCAUAUAAAUGAUGAUUCAUUAAUAUUAUUUUUAGAUUCUAAGCGUAGCUAGGAAUGUAUUGUUUUUUUUAUAAUGUGUUUUUUUUUUUGUAUAAUGUAAACAACUUUUCUUCCAGAAAUCUUCCUCGAUCAAAAAAUGCGAAAAAACCUUCUCUGUUAAAAUUUAAAUCUAAUUAGUAAAUACGUCAUUUUUUUUGAUUUUCCAUGUAGUUUUCAUAAUAAUUGGGAAAAUUGUAGAAAGACGUAAAAAAAAGCCAACAAAUUUACGGCGUUAUCGAUUUAAUUAUUUUCAAUUUUCAUUUCUACCAGAAAUAUUGGUCUAAAUUUCAAUAUUAUCACUUUUUAAAGAUUUUUGAGAUAUUUAUAGGCAUUUUACAUUCACGAGUUUUUAUUUGAUAGGUAUUUUGUGGAUACAAUUGUUUUUUGUAGGAUUGAAAUGCUUGAAAAUUUAACACAAAGUUCAUUAUGAGUUUAUUAAGGUUUGAAAAAAAAAAUUGAAGUAACUUAGUAGUUUUUAGAUACUGAGCGGAACGAGGAAUGUGUAGGUUUUACAAUAAUGUUUAUAUAUUUUUUUUUUCUAAGAACAACUUUUCUACUAGAAAUUUUGCUGAUUUUCAAGAGUAGUAUUUUUCUAAAAGGAAAAUUGAAUCGUGUGGUACUUUAAGGUGGUCAUUUUUUGAUUUUCCCAGGAGUUUUCUUAAUAUAUAUAAACGAAAAACUGAAAAACGGGAAAAUUUACGAUACAUAUUAUUUUAAAAAAGGAAAUAUUACAGCCCUAACAUGUGUAACCUAAAUCCGCUUGGAAUCGUUUUUCGUUAGCAAUGAUUUAUCGUUGCCGACAGAUAUAAAUUAAAUAACUUCGUGAACCCUAACUUCUCAACUUCCCUCUGACAAUAGUAUCACAACUGUCCUCAGUAUCAAUUUAUUUUAUUUUAUUUGUUUAUAUUUCAGAACUCUAUCUUUUUAUAUGAAUUUUAUGUAUUGGGUUACAAUGCCUAUACACCUAAUAUGUAUAAUAUAUAGUAUAGACUAUAGAGUUUUCGAUAUUUUAGUUUUAUAACUUCAUUUAUGAUAGUCUACUAAAUUGAUAAUUAAAACGUUAUAAAAACGAGUUAAAAAUAUUUACUAAAUCGAUUCGUUUAAUGUUUAACUCUGACUUUAAUACCAGUGACACAGGAAUCAGGUUUUUUUGAAAGGGGGGUAUAGUAUCACAUCAUAUCGACAUCAUACUUAAAAAUAACACUUUUUUAACACAUUUUAAUACAUGAUUUAUUUCAUUUAAACAUGGAUGGAAGAGAAUGUCCCUGUGAUUGCGCCAUUUGCUUAAUGCUGUAACCACAACUGUAUAAUAAUUUGUAUAGAUCAAGGGUGGCCAAAUUUUUUUGGUAGAGAUUUACUAAGAAUAUAUUUUGCUUUUGUUGAUCGACUUCCUAACAAAAAUGUAUAAUUAUAAAUUACUUAAUAGGUAUUAGUAAUAACAUACACGUUAAAAUAAUAAAUCUAGAGUAAGCGUAUAAUUAAAUAAUAACUUUCAUCGUAUUAUUAUUAUGACCAAUAUAAUAUAAUUGUAAACACAAUUGCCAGUAUAAACGCUGUUGAAUUGUAUUACUUGAUCAAUUAAUAACAAAAUAAUGAUAAUACAUAUUAUAAUAAAAAUGAUCAUCAAUUAAGAUUUAUAUCUAUUAUGUAAUUUCACAAAAAUAAAUUCUAACAAAAGGGAGAUCGACAUUAAAAUCGACCGUUUGGCCACCCCUGGUAUAGAUAAUAAUUUUAUUACUCGUGUAUUUAUAUACUAAUCCGUGUUAUAAAUAUAGGAUUAUAAAACGUUUUGCGGUAUUUUUUCUCGUAUCUCUUGUGUUCGCCAGAAUAUAUUACCGUCAUGCAAAUAAUCGAUAUACUCGUACUAUAAGGAAAAACAUAUUAUUCGAAUUAAUGUCUACGAUGUGUUUACACGCCCUGCUAUAAUGUCGCUACUGUGCCUGGAGAGUGAGUGAUAACUGAGGCUGUGAAUUUGUAGGCAAGUUCCUUUUUUUUUUUAGCUAAUUGUAAAACUUAACUUUCUAAGUACAUAAUUUGAAUUAUGUAACAACAAAUUCAUGUAUGAAACUUUGAUUUUGAAUAUUUUGACGUUUUUAAUUUUCAAGGUAAUCCUUUGGACUUUUUUGUCACACUUUUCGUUUUAGUUCAUAUUCCGGUAUUUUAAUUAAAUUCCGUCCAUUAACAUUUUUACAUAUAUAUAUAUAUAUAUAUAUAUAUUUUGUUUUACACAGGCUAUAUAAUAAACGUCAAAUUUAUAUUUGACACAAGCUGUAUACGGAUUUGGCAAAGAUAAGGAUUCGAUAAAAUAAGGCAAUAUAUUGCAGAAAUCAAUUUAUUCAACAUUCAAAUUCGGUUAACAUUUGUAUAAUUUUUUUUUAUUAUUAUUUAAUAAAUUUGUAUGCAUAUAAUAUACUAAUAUCAAAAUAAAUGUAAACAUUUCAUUAAAAACUAUUUUAAAUUAAUUUUAUAUUGCAUUCUUAAAGUUUUUCUUAACUGCACUGGUAAUAACAAUGAACAAAUUCAAAGAGCGGAUUCUGCUGACGGGUGUGCCACUAUUGUAGGCCGGAUAGUGGAAAAGUAGGAGGUACGGAGUUAUUUAAUUUACACCAGUACGCAACGAUAAAUCAUUAUUGCUAACGAAUUACGAUUCUGAGAGAAUUCCUUCAGUUAAGCACAUUUUGAAAUACUUUGACUUCUAAGAUUUUCAUCAAAAUUAAAAAAUUACUGUAUUACACUCAGUACUAUGUUGACCACUAAUACAGUUAACUAAUAAUAAACUUUGUGCUUAUCCAAAACAAUUGUACCCAUAUGAAACCAAAUAAAAAUCGAAAAACUCGAAUGUGUCUAAUGCCUUUAUAAUAAUAGUUCAACAAUUUUACCACAUCUACAAAUGGUCUUGAACUAUAUAUUAGUAAAUAUUCGGUAAAAAAUGUCAAUGUUUACGAUUAUUUUUAACCAAAUUACGGCAAUAAAACAAAAUCGUAAAUAACAGAAAUUUGUUAUGGAUUUGAUCACAGCGGAAUAAAAAAUAAAUGUUCUAAUUGUUGACCUAUAAGUCGAACCCUUACAUUAUCCAAAUUGAAAAAUGUUUAAAAAUAAGGAUACUAGAAUUCUUAGAUAAACACAAAUUCUUUCACAAAAAGGCUUUUUAGGAACAAUAUGUCAACUAACGAUGCAUUAUACAAUACUACUAAAUUUAUUUAUAAGAAUAUUGAUGAUAAGCAGAAUGUAGAAUGUACUUGGUAUUUUUCUAGACAUAAUAAAAGCAUUUGAUUCAGUGGACUAUGAUAUUUUAUUAAAUAAAUUUAUUAACUCGUACUUAAAGGGAAGAUCGCUUAGAGUUGAAAUAGAUAAUCAAUAAGGUGACCUGGCUAACAUUAUUUACUCAGUACCACAGGGUACCGUACUUGGGCCGUUAUUAUUUAUAAUAUAUAUCAAUAGCCUUCUUAUUCUUUGUACACAGGCAAAAUUAAUCUGCAUUGCUGAUGAUACAGUUAUUCUAAUAAAGAGUUAUAACAUAAAUGAUUUACAUAUUAUAGCAAAGAAUAGUUUUACAACAGUUAAGAAUUUGAUGGAUAAUAAUUCGUUAUCAAUGAACAUGGGAAAUAUAUUCAUUUCGGAAUAAGAAAUACUUCGUUAUCUGAAAGUAGAAAUAUUACCGUUCAUUCGCAUAGCUGUCUUAAUAACAUCAACCCAAUAUUUAUUUGCAACCAUCUUAUAAUAAAUCGGGUAACUUUAUUGAAAUAACUGGAUAUUUACUUUGAUGAAAAUCUAAAUUAAUGUGAAAUAUUCACAUUAAUCAUAUUAACAAUACGAUUAAACAAUUUUGUUUACAUUUUUAAACCGCUCAAACAUAUCUUAAAUUAUAAACUUAAAAAAUUAACAUACAUUGCACUUGUGCAAUCAAUAAUUUCUUAUGGUAUUCCAUUUCGGGGUGAUACAUACAAAACACAUCUCUACAACCUUGAAGUAACACUGAAUUCAUUACUCAAACUUACUUUUUAAUGUGCCUCACAUGUAUCAAACUUCUAAAUUAUAUAGAAAACUAAAUAUAUAUUAAAUCUAAAAUAUUUGUUUAUUAAUGUAUAAUGUUAAUGAUGACAUUGCUGUUCCAUGUCAUAAUUAUUUUACACGAUUUAAAUCAGAGAUUUAUACAAUUUUGUUGGGAUCAUGGUUUAAAUAUAACUAAUUUCAAAAAUUUUCUAAUUUAUAAAAACUAUAUUAAUACUUUAUUUUAUUAAUGUGAUCUGUUAUCUAAUUAACAGUUAAAAUUCAUAUAUAACCAUAAAUUAUCUAUAGAGCUCUCACCUCUAGCACAGCCAUUUUAAGGUGAUCCAUCAGUUGUUAACUUUAAGCUUAUGCUUAUAUUAUUACAUUGUAAUGUCUAUUUAAUGGAAUAAUAAACUUAUUAUUUUUUUUUUUUUUUUUUUUAAAGUCAAAUAAAUCACCUCUUUCAACCUGACGUACAUUAUUUUCUCAAAGAAUCAGUAAUUGAUGAUUGGAGCAAAAUUUCUGACGAACUAUAGUUGUUUACUGACAGAAAAAAUCCCAGAAUCUAAGAAUAUUCGAUGAGAUUCUAUCGUCGUUUAUAGGUUCUAAUUGACUUGAAUUAAACGAUACAUUGGUUAAUUUAUUCUAUUUUGGUUUAUUGUGUAACUCGUUAAAUCUAAUGUUGCGAAAUUGACCCUCAACGAAAUUUUUAAGUAUGUAUUUCGGAGAAAAUAAUAUAUACUACCAUGUAAUUUAAUUUAAUUUCAGACGAUAAAUACUCGUAUCUCUUACUUUUUUGGGUCAAAAAAGGUAUUCCGACAAACAUCAUGCAAUCUUUUUUUAUAUAUAUUAGCUUUUCGUUAGUGACGAUGAUAGGUCGAAAAUUAUUUUUAGUAGUACAAAAUUAUGACGAUAAAAAAAAAAACUGUAACAAAAUGGAACAAAUGUUAAAUAAAAAAUAAAGAGAUGAAUGCGUAUUUAUUUAUCAUGCAUUUAAAAGGGUUCUAAAACGUUUUGUUAACUUGUCAAUUAUUUUUUGUAGUAAUUGUAACGAACUGAAUUCAAAAACUCUAAUCGGGCAAUUAAUGUUUGAGCCUAUAAGUUAAUAUAUAUUUUGAUUUAAUUAAUUUUUUUCUGAUUCAGUGUAUUUGAAAGUCUCGUAUUGGUUUUCUGCAUUAAAAUAUAUGUAUAUGUAUCUAUUUGUAAUUGUUUGGAAAGACGAAAGACUCGCAUCAAUUUGUAGUCCUUUGACUAGAAAUCAUAUUCGAAGCCUAAAUAUGAGACGGAAAAAGUGCCUCUUUAGAAUUAUAAUUAUCUACUAAAUAAUCACUAAAUUUUUGAUUUUCUGGUAUAGUUGACCUUUACAUAGGUCUACAGCCCACACGGUAUAAAAAUAAAAUAUAAGUAUCGAUCUAAACUUUUAGUGAUUAUCUGCGUUAUCUAAUUAGCAUUCACGUACCAAUAUGCUGCAAAUACAUGGCAAAAUUUUCUUUGGUUUUAUAUAUCAUCGUAAAAUAACAAGAUUAGUGACAAAAAAAAACCCUAUAUAAAAAUAAUUAUUCCAAUGACUACAUGUUAAAUAUAUCGACUACUUUUUGAAUUGUGAUUUACUCGAUGAUGAAUUUUUAAUUCGAAACCGGUCGUACAAUACACAUAUCAUAAUACUCCAGACGGCACAUUUAUUUAUUCAUUUAUUUAUUUAUAUAUUUAUUCACGAUUAUUAACCAAUUAUUAAUUUUGUUUUUACUUUAUUAUUUUAUUACUAAAUUUUAAGCGGAAAGGGAAAUUAUUAGUGUUUUGAAAAUGUUUAAAUUAAGUUGACUUUUUGAACAUUUUGGUUGACAUCCCUUUUUUGAACCCUUUUUUUUUUCAUGUACCAGGAAUUUUUUUUUGAAAAAUUAAAGUAAAUUUCACUUGUUUUUUUUUUUUUAAAGAUACAAUUUUGAAAAAACUGCAUUUCGAAACUUAUGUAACCGAACUUCGCUCAGAAUUAUAUUUUGUUCGCAAUGGUGAUUUUCAGCUCUUUAUGUAGAUUUUCACUGCUACUAUACUAUAACAAACGCGGGCUCGGACAAAUAAAACAAGUGUUAAUCACGACCGGAUAUUAAAUUAGAAAUUAUAAACGCGUACGGUUCACGUAUUUGCAGAUCCCACCCGAGUUCAAAACUUAACCUAGUUGGUUAUAGGAGAUCUAUAAAACGUUUAGCCUAAUUUUACGUAGGUUUAAAUUGCUCCAAGAAAGGUAGUUCGCCCCAAGUGUAAACUUAAAACCUACUACUUAUUCGACAGAAUGCUUCCGCGAAUUCAUAUAAAGCAGAAGUUAAUUGGAAAAACCGAAUCGAUCUUUCGGUCCAUAUACCCAAUAAGGCUCCAUGGAAUUUCAUAUUCUAAGGGCGAACCCCGGUGAAAACCUUAAACCUAGUAGUCCUAGUCGAUGGAAAACCACGACGGUUUGCGUAUUUAGAUACAGCUUGAGCCAAAACUCGCUAAUUCGGAUAGAAUAUGUAAAUACGCGUACGGGUCCCAGCGAGUUGUACUGUACGUCAAUAUUAUAUAACUGGCAAAAGUACAAAAUAAUAUUGUAAAAAUACUAUUUGUAUUACGUAAACGAGUUAAUCGGAACGUCAGAAACGUAUUGAUUUAACGAUAAUCGCCUUGAGACAGGAUUAUUAGGGGAUAACAAGGGAUCCGCGUCAGACGAUUAAUAUUUUUCUCGUAUCUCAACCGUUCCUUAACGGUUUUUAAAUAAAAUAUAUAUUUCACGUAGCGUUUUUAAAGGUAAAAUCGUUUAUUGGAUUUUUUUUAUGAUAGUCGCGCGUCCAGAGACUGUGAAAAACGACCCGAAAGUGCAGCAUAUCACGUUAGGUUAUACGAUUUUAGGUCAAAGCCAAUGACUGUUUAGAACCUUAAUAAAACCCGUAUUUUAAUCUAUACAAAUAUAUCUGACUAAUCCGUCUCGGAUUUCGUUGAUUUUAAUGAAUUUUUGUCACGUCCAAAGAUUUUAUAAUCGAUCGCUGUUUCUUUUGUAGCUGCUCGUUAUUCGACAAAAUCCCUGCAGUUACGCAAUUAAAGCCAUGCGAAUGCGUGCGUGGCGACAACGCGAGAAUUGGCUAUGGAAAUCGUUGUAUUAUAUUAUUAUUUAUUAUAUGCAUGUGAUAUGGUAUAUUAUAAUAUGAAUGAAUCUAGAAGGCUGUUAAAUUGAACAUUAAUAAAAAAUUACUUAUGAAAAAAAAAUAUAUAUAUAUAUAAGUAUUUAUCUCACUUUACCGUUCCCCGUUGUUUUUGAUUUUCAGUUCGAAGAGUGACAAAAAGGCGUAGAUAAUAUUAUUACUUUUUUUAAUUUUGUCCGUACCCAAUUAAAAUAUUAUUGGAAAACGAAAACAAAAACAAUCGAUAAAACUUUUAAUUGGUUGAGAUGUUUGUUUUUGUUCUGAAAUCUUGAAGCGUAAAUGAAGUGUGACGGCUGCACGUAAAACGAAAAGUAAAAAAGAAGCGAUGUUUGAGUUUUCUAACGUAAAUAUGACCGGAACAUUAUAAUAGAUUAUUAUAAUAACGUUUCGAUAGAAUAUAGUGUUUUUUUCCUUUUUUAUUAGUUAUAGCGAUGUGUUUUAUUAACCUACUAUUAUUAUUUGUUCAUGCUUGAUCGGUUUAUGGCUUGCACGCACUCAUUUAUUACGUUCGCCAAACUACAAUUUUACAAACGCUUUUCGUGCUUAUCUGUAAUGUAAUAUUUUAAUAUAAUAAUUUAUGUAUACAGUACUGUAUAGUAUAUAUGUAAAUGACAAUGUGAGUAGGCUAGAAUCGAGUUAGCGACAUUGUUUUAUAGGUUUUUCGAACGCUUAUCCGAUUCUGUAUUCGAUUCGUUUCAAUACGCGUAAAAAGAAUGUUUGAACUUAUCCGGAAAAUAGCGGUUCGGGUCCAACCUAACAAGUUCCAUUGGAACACGCGAGUUUUGAUAUUGAACUUUAUCCGUGACAAAAAUUAUUUAUAUUCCAAGCCUCAAACUUGUACAAAAUACAGAUAAUGACUAAAAUCUUAACUUUCGGCGACAGUUUUGAGUUUUUUUUUUGCCUAAUUCGCAUAAAAAAAAUACGAUUUUCUGAACAUGUAAAUUUUGCUUUUAGCCUACUCAUUUUAUGAUUACCUAAAUUACCUAAUUAUAAUAAUGUUGCUGUGACGGUUGUAUAAAAUUUCGUAUAGACUGUAGGUAUUUCAAUAUGCUCGUGUUGUUUUGUUGUGUUUCAAGUUCGAAACAUGAAAACUAUAUAGCGUGUCAACGCCCGAUUUUGGACCCGUUCGACCCAGUGAUGAUGAGCUUCUUGAAGGAGGAGCCGCCGCUGGUGUGCGAUGAGGAAGAGGAUUGGGUGACAAUCAAAGGUAACAUCGCGCGUAUCACUGACAAGGCGCUGAAGAAAUACGGUGACAUUCAGUGUAAAUUUAUGGGUACGUGUAUUUUAUAAUAACUGCAAAAUAUUAUUGUUAUUAUUGCUAUACAAUUAUAUAAUGUAUGUUUUAUUUGUUGUAUAGUUACUGAUUUUAGAUUCUGUUAAGCGUUUUUUUUUCUGUUUGUAAGUUUUCUAUCAGAAUUCAUGUUCCGAUAAAAAUACAAUGAUUUUAGAUUUUGAGUGAAGCAAAAAAUAUUUUGAUUUAAAAAUUAUGUUUUUUUUUUUUAUACUGUGUACAAAAAUUCUACCAGAAAUUUUGUUUUGAUGUAUCAAGUGUAGCACCUUUUCUGAAAGAAAAUUUUAUCUAGUUGAUACUUUGAGGACAUUAUUUUUUGAUUCUCCAAACAAUUUUCAUAACAAUUUCAAAAAACCAGGAAUAAGCGUAGGAAAAAUGAGAAAAUGUAAUAAUUGUAUUAUUUUUAAAUUUUAUUUACUUUUGUAAUUCAGCAGAAAAUAUUUGUAGAGACUUGAAAUUUGGGUCAAAAACUUAUAAUUGGCUUUUCUAAAUGUGGUAAACUUUUAAAAAAAAUGUAACUAUUUGCUAUCUAUUUAUAGGCAUUUUAAUUUUGCGAGUUUUUUACGUAAUUUGUAUUCAGUAGAUAUGGAUGUGGAGAAAUUAUUAGACCUAAUAGAUAUACUUGAAAAUUUAACUAUAGAUUCAUUAUAAGUCGUACUUUGUAAUAAAAAUAAAAAUUUGUCUAUAAUGCAUAAUUUUAUUUUUAUAAGAAUUUUAAUAUCAAAGUUUGACGAAAAUCGUAAAUAUUAUGGCCUUUCAGAACAUGUAUAGCCGAACAAUGAUAAAUCUCGUUGCGUACAGAUAUACCAUUAAAUCUCUCUCUUUAUUUAAAUUUUUUUGUACUAUUUUGGAUCUAGAUGGUGCAUUAAAGAAGUCUUUUUGAAGUUCUUUGAAAUUUCCUUGAUAACUGCAGGGAAAAAAUAGAAAAUUCGGUUAAAAGAUGAGAUGUGAAAUUUUUAAAGAAUAUUAAAAUUAGUUGUUAGACGAGAUUAAAUUUUAAAAAUAUUCUUUGAUUUUGGAGCUUAAAGGCAUUUGACGUACUGUAGUUUUUUAGAUUCUAAGCGGAGCGAGGAAUGUAUUUUAGUUUUUAUUCAGUUUUAUGUAGAUACAAUUAUUUUGACUACAUAAGCGGAUGACGAGGCGUGUUGCGUCUGUCUGGAUACUACCCGAAUAUUGUAUAUAAACAUUAAUUUUGCUAUUAUGUUGAUAUAUGACAACAGUACAUGUUUUAUAUUUUUUAAAAUUAGCAUCACUUUUUUUUUCCUUGAUUUAAAAUUUAGUUCAUAAAUUUUGACUUCACUGCCAAUUUCGUUCUUAUCUUUUACAACUGUGUUACAAAUAUUAUACUGACUUGAUUGCAAUAUUAUCCAAGUUAUUUAUUUAUAGACUAUGAUUAUCGACUGAAGAUUACAAAAAAACGUUUAUGUUUACUUUUUUGUAGUGUAUAAUAUUUAAUCAAGUACCUAUAAUUGAUAUAAUUAUUAUGAAAACUAAUUUAAAGAUAGUAUAUAGAAUUAAUUAUUAUUUUGUGUUAUUCAGAAUUGAAAGGUAAUACAAAUUGAUUGUGAGAGGAGGGGGGAUUCUCCUAAUUAAUUAAUUUUUCUCUGUUACGACCCCCCCCCCCGAACUAUUAAAGUCUGCGCACGCCUAUGAAAAAUCAGAUGUAUUUAAAAAUGUUUACUCGUAAUUUAUCAUAAGUUAUACUUAUAGUUAUAAAAAAAAAGUUUAGAGUAAUUCAUUAUUAUUUUAUAAUUUCAAGUUUUAAUGAAAAUUAUAAUAUAAUCACGUCAUUUUCUAUAUAACAUGUUAAUAUUAUUAUACUUUUUGGUCAAGUUAACAUAAAAUGUUAAUACGAAGGUUAUAAGUAAUCACGUUGUUUUUAAAAUAAGUACAGAUAUAAAUUAAAUAACUUUAUGUGUCCUAUAUUUCCAUCUUCGUAUUUAUAAAAGUGGCAGUAUCAUCUCUUUUACAUCAAUUUUUUUUUUUAGACGUUCUAAGGGCCAAUGAGUUUUCCACAUCGCUAGGUGUCGUGACCACCACUCACACCGAAUACAAUUUGGAGACAUCCGAUUUUUUCAGGGUUUACUGCGAGUCAGAAAAUGGUCAAUUUAGGUGAGAGACGAUUGAAUUAAAAUUGUUUUUAUAACUACGCGGUGACACUGUAAUAGCAAAAUAAAAAUCUGAUGUAUGUAUAUAUAUAUAUCAGAUUUUUUUUUCACUAUAUCGCAUUUUGAGCAAUAAAUUUAAUGUUGGUGUAUACCCGACAAUGCAAUAAAAACUAGUUUCGGCAUAAAUUUAAUUAACUAUACAAAGUACAUUUUCAUUGUAGCGAUCAGUGACGAUGCGAAGUAUUUUUACAUUGAAUCACGAAUUCCUCCCACUUCACUACACCUUUUCUGUAAACUAUUUGAUUUUUGUGUAUUUGUGAUUCAAAUAUACUGCUUCGCGCCGCCACUGGUAACUUAGGCUUGAAAUCUGCAGUUUGAAAACUAGUGCACACGAAAAUUAAUUUAAACCAAUUGUUUGAAAUACCAACGUAAAUAUUAUUCUGUUUCUUCUCCUUCGCCUUCGUCCCCCCAAUUAUUUGGGGUCGAUCACUGCGUAAAUACGAUUUUUUUUUAUAUAAUUUUAUUUUGGCUUUGAUCACGUAUAGUUGGGAAAGUCGAAUGGCCGGUAUACGUUUCGACGAGGACGUGAUAAACAGAGCCGGUUGGGACCGCGUGCCCAAAGACGGGCUGGGCCUAAACGUGUUGAUGAUUGGAUUGGACUCGAUGUCACACAUGAUGGUACAAAGAAAAUUGCCGAAGGUGUAUUCGAAACUCAAGUCGAUGGGAGCACACAUACUGGAUGGUUACAACAUCGUCGGUGAUGGUACUCCGCAAGCGUUGAUUCCGAUAUUGACUGGUAAUAUAUAAUUGGAUUCAACAUGAUGAUGUGUUGUAAUUUUUUAUUCUAUUUUUUUUUUUUUUGUCACAGGACGAACCGAAUUGGAACUUCCGGACACCAGGAAACGAAUGGGCAGCAAAGCGUCGACCGUGGACGUGUACCCUUUUAUAUGGCACGAGUUCAAAAAACAUGGAUACGUUACUGGCAAGUAUAUCGCAUAUUCACACAUUACAAUACAAUACAUAAUGUUCAUAGAUAAUAGAGAUAUGCACGGAUCGUGUUCUAAGCUUAUUGGUUUUGUGUGUGAUCUGUAAGAAUAAUGCUAUAGUUACCAAUAAAAUUGCAUUAGUUACCAAAUCAUACGAUAUUCAGUAUAUUCACUAUUUUAUCGUUGAUAUUUCACAAUAAUUAACGGUUUAAACUAGCAUCGUUAUCAAUAUAACCUUGCAACUCUUUUCUAAUCGGUAAUAACCAACGUGGUAUUUAAUGUUCUUUUCCGUCACACGGUGAUCUAUGUUUAACUAGGUAUGACCCAUCCAAUUCUUUGUUAUUUAAAAAUAUAGUAAGUUUUAAAAUUUAAUUUUUUCCGUUGGAAACGACAAGAAAAUGAGCACUGAAUUUUCUGGUAACAUAAUAUUAAUUUUGAUUUCGUAUUAUGUGCAUAGGUUAUGCCGAAGACGUCGCGGACGUUGGCGUUUUUACGUACAGACUGAAAGGAUUCGACCAACAACCCACGGAUCAUUAUAUGCGAACGUAUUACGUGGACGCGACGCCAAUGUUCAAUCAACAAAAGCCGUUUUGUUACGGUUCGUUGCCCAGGCACAAGGUAUAAUUGUAGUAAAUUGGUUUAAAUUUUAAAAAAUAUUCGUGAGAAAAUAUUUGUUCCAUGGUUUUUGUAUUUUUUUCACACUAAAAUAGUUAAAUGUAUCGACUAAUAAUCGCAUGCUUGUCUUUAAAACAUUAUUGUACCAACACCGUUGUUUGUUUAUCCUUGGGUAAAUGAAAAGUAAUAAUAAAUAAUAUAAGUUGUUAUGCUCUGUCUGUUAUAUAAAUUAAUUACCUAUUUAAAAUAAUUAUUUGAAUAUAAUAUCGGUCUGGUUUUGUGUUUUGGCUACCGUACUAUUUUAUUAAAGUCUGCAAUAUUAUACAAUAAUUCCGGUUUACAGUUUAAAAUAUUUAUACUGGCAACCAACUUACUGACUCUAUCUAUAUGAGCGAUUAAUUAUGAUAAAAAUUGCCGAAAAUUGACUUUUCAAUAGUUAAUCUUCUAUCACAAACUGUUCGCUCGUAAUAUAAUAUCCGUCUAACGUAAAAAAAUAUAGUUUUAUUUGAUAAACCGCAAGUCUAAACUUUUGCGUCUUCGUUCUUAAAUAAAGUCGAAUCAAUACGCACGUAUUAUUUUUAUCAUAGACCGCCUCCGUGAUUCGAAUGUCAUUACUUUGUUUGUUUAUAAUUUCAGUGAGUGUUCGAGAAUUAGGUCUAUUAAAUUAUACAGAAAAAUCCAAGACCAACUUUUAUAAACUAUACAGAUUCGUGGCUAUUAUAAUAUUAAAUUUAUAUGUAAAAUGCGAUGAGAAUUUUGCGUGUGAAAAGAAAAAUAUUAAUAGUAAAAAACUAACAACAAAAAAAAAUAAAAAUAAGUCAUCGUAUCAUUAGAGGGCCCGAAACAAAUGGAAUUUAACGCCCUAAACAAUAUAGAAGGACACUAAUAAUACAAUGUAAAUUUCUUAUUAUAAUAUAGCAAAUACAGAUUAUUGAAACUCGGAAGUCGAAAAUGGAAGUCCAGCACAUUUUUUAUUUUAUUCAAUGGUAAAUAUUGUUAUCGUUUUUAUAGAUAAUGCUAAAUUACGUCAAAGACAUGUUCCGGGUGUACGAAGACAAACCAAAGUUUAUGUUCGCGUUCCACGGCGAGUUAUCUCACGACUACGCGAACAAAGUGGCCGUUGCCGAACUUGAUUUGGUCGAAUGGUUAGAGUGGUUUCAGAGGUCCGGUUACCUGAAUAAUACCAUGUUGGUUUUCAUGAGCGAUCACGGCCAGAGGUAAAAUAAAACUGUGCGUUUUUGACUGAAUUUCCAACAUGUCUUACUUGCAAUCUACCUCCCGAUUGUGAAUUUUAACGACUCCCUACCCUCCUCAUUAAGCUUACCGUAACUCAUUGCUGACGUGUUUAAAACUUUAAACGUUUGACCGCAGGUUCGCGUCGGUGCGCGACACGCAACAGGGCAAACUGGAAGAACGGAUGCCGUUCUUCUCGUUCGUGUUGCCAAAGUGGUUCGAUCGCAAGUACCCAAAAAUGGCGGCCAACAUGAAGAACAACACCAAGCGGUUGACCACACCGUUCGACAUAUACUCGACCCUGAUGAGCGUUUUGCACAAGGACGGCCCCAGGAACAACAACGUCAACAAACGGUCCAUUUCACUGUUCAACGAGGUAUAUAGAAUACAAAAAAUAUUGUGUACCGUUUUGGGGGUAACUACAUGGUAACAGAACGACCGGGACGAUGGCGUUCGGUUCCACUUUAAUUUACACAUUACGACAAUAUAAAACAACACUGUCGCUCACUUGUUCCAUUUUUAUGUCUAAGAACAACUGAAAAACACAAAACUAUUGCGCAUCACCAAAAAAAAAAAAACAUCCUCGAUUUCUCACAUUUACACAAAAUACGAGUUAUACCCGUUGAUAAUUUUUUUUUUUUUUUUUUUUUUUUCGAGAAGUUUGUUUAACCAUCCCAACAGUUUUUCUAAAUAAAUUUAAAAAAAAAAAAAACGACAAUAUAUUGGAUUUUUUUUUUUUGUUAAUUCACGAGGUAGGGAAAUACACAAUUUUAAUUAAACUUUACGAUUUUACCGAACCCUGUUCGUAAUCUACGAGUAUCUUAUUCGAACUUCCCGUCUAAAAGAGUGGCCACAGGCCACAGUACCCAUAAUGCCGUUGUCGACGUUGACUACUUAAAAAGUCAAUUUUUCGUACGCAACCGUAGUGUUGUGUUUUUCAUGGAUAACCAUUUAACACGUGCAGCGCAACACCGUAUAUUGAACGCCCUCUCGGCGUUAUUUAAAAACAACGCGGUACGCGUUCGCGUGCUUGCCGGCAUCAGAUUGCAAACAAUUAAUAACAGCACGGAAACUGAUGAAAAAUUAGUUUCCGAGUGUGAAAAUUCGGCGAACCCUCCCCCCCGCCACGGGUAUUAGGACGUAUAAUAAUGUACAUUAUGAUUAUUAUGCGUUUUCGGUAUAUUAUGACCGCGGUAACGAGCGGUAAUUUACGACCGUUUAUUUGUGGUUGAUAAAAGAAACAGUAGCUGAUAAAAACGUACAUAUAUAGCAAUUUAUUUUUUAGUUCGAAAACCUACAAUUACCGGCGGCGAUGUUAUCGUGACGGCUCCCGGUUAACACUGCAAUAAUAAUAUGUAACAGGAAAUAAUAAUCAUAAAAUAAUAAAAAAAAAUUUAAUAAUAAUAAUAAUAAAAAUGAACAAAAACCUAGUCUUAUUUUGUUGUGGCAUAGUAAUCGCAGGGGGCUAUAACGUCGCUGGAAAAUAAUAAAAAUGAAAUACCGCCGAACAAUAGUACCUGUAUUACAAUGUCUACACAACCGUAUAGGUACAGCGUCGUCGGUAAUAUACGUAUCGUAAAAAUAUCGUGUUGUCAUUACGGUCUAUAAUAUAUGAUACUUUGACGAUUCACGAGACCGCCACACGUAUUAUACAGCUGCACUAUAGAUAGGUACAGUACCUGUAUUGUAUUCAAUAUUUGAACUGUCCAAAAUGACGAGAAUACCCCACUGCACGCACGCACGUUGUUAUGCCGUAAUUUUCCAUAGUGUUCUCUAGUACUUUUUUUUUUCUAACGAGCUAUUAUUCAUACGGUUUCCGUGUUGUGUUUACGUUCGUAUACAAUAUUAUAGUAUCAACUUCGAAAAUUAUUUUUUAAAACCUACCUAUAUAUAAUGUUGUGCCACCCAUUGUGCGCGUGUUAUCCGUCCACGAUUGUGAUCUGAAAAUCAUUACAUUUCCAAGGCCGUCUGAUUUACGUACAAUAUUGCCGAUAUUAAUCGAACCUAGAUUUUUUUUCUUCUAUAUGUCACGCACUCUAAUUUUUUUAUUUUAAUUUCAACGGUUCGUCGAGUGUUUUCGCCGCGGUCAUAUACCGACCUGCGACCGAAAUUUCCGAGAGGAUUUACCGGCGAUGCCGUUUGACUUUCGAACAAAUUUCAAAAGUGGAUCAAAUUUCAGGGCGGAAGGGAGAACAUUCCGGGUUUUUAAAAGUGCUCCUUGCACAAUAUUUAACUUUUUUUUUCUUCCAUUGAAAAAUAAAACAUUUUUUUACAUUAUUUUCUGAAAAUAUUACCACACACAAUUAGUAUAAUACCGAAAUUGCUGUCAUUAAAAAUAACAUUUUACGGCUAACAAAAAAAAAAAAACGAAUUAAUAUAACUCUCCAUAAACUCAAGUACUUAUUUCGCCGUACUACGUUUUCAAGGACGACAGAGAGCAAAUAUUUAAUUUAUUUUAUGUUAACAGGAAUAAAACAAAAUCUAUUUUUAUCCUCCGUUUAAGUGUUUAAGCCAAUUAAAAACUCACUGGAAUUGAACAAUGUAGACAAAAACGUCGGGUAAUAUCAAUAAUAUACAAUAUAGUUUCGACCAACGAAACUCGGCAGGCAUUUUAACAAAACGCAUAUUACGCUUACGAAUAUUCGAUUAAACGGAAUUCUUUAACGCGUCUAAACAUUUAUACGAUCAAUAGACAGUGGAAGAUAUCGGAGGGAAGGGCAAUUGGUAAAUCCCCCCCUUGAGAUUUUCGUCGCCGCUACCAUACAAUUUGAUAAAUUGUACCUCAUUAUUCCUAUGGGUUUGAAACUGGCCCCCUCUCAACUGGGAUGUAUCCACUACUGCAGGUAGUGAGUAUAUAUAAUGUAAUUUCAUGUAAUAACCUGGAAUCGGAAGUAAUACGGUAGUAUUACUUCCGUAGUAAAAAGUUUCUUUUUUAGCGCAUUAAUAGACAUUUCAAAUCACUAAAAAUAUGCACAAUACAAUUUUUCAAUUAAAUGUUACGAAAUUAAAUCCGAUAAUUAUGUAAUACAAUGUAACUGACACAAUUUUAAAAACCGCCUAAUUGUUGCAAACUAACAGAAUUAUUGUCCAAUAACUGUCUUUUUCAGAUGCGUUUAUUCGUAUUUACUAUUUUUUGAAUAUCAAAGCGAAAUAGCUAAAUUAGCAAAAUAGCUUUAUCAUUCCUAAAUAUUCAAAGAAAUUGUAACUCUAAAUUAGCAGAUAAGCUCUAAGAGUCAUAACUAUGCAGAAAUUUGAAACGAAAAAUUGUGUAUACGAUAUCAGUGGAGUAUGAAACGAUUUAUCUCCAAAAAUAAUAUGCAAAAUAUGCUAAUACUCCGUUCCCUUAUAAUAUACCAUGUACUAUUGUAAUACACCGUUUCUUUACAAUUUUCAACGUCGUGUAUAACGAAAAACCGACUUAACGUUAUCGAAUCGUAUUAUUAUAAGAUACUGAACUUUGUUAUUUUGAACUCAAUCGAUAACGCAUUUAUUAAUGAAACAAAUACAGAAAAGGUUAUUAUAUCUGAAUGUUUAUGUCGCACGCUAUUGAAUAGUUUAUGAUUUUGUUCGUCGUACCUAUUAUGUAUAGACGAUAAGCGUAUUAUUAAAUCAUGAACGGGUGAAGGAAUUGCGUACAGCGGUGGAUAUAGGUUUUUUUUUUUUUUAUAGUGGUAACUAUUUCACUAUUAAUGUUUCUCGGGUAAUUAUUAUGUACGACUCCGAUGCAAAAAUAAAAUCAAUUUGAGGCUUAAAGGGCCAAAAAAUUUAAUCGCGCAAUGUACAUGUAUUUCGGUUACUGUGUAGGAAGAUACGAGCUCCCAAAACCUCGGUUUUGUUAUGCAUUUUAUCACAAUGAAAUAAAAUGAGUAAACGAAACACACGUUUUUUUUUUUUUUUAAAUAAUUGCCUUUACUAUAUUAUAUUUUAUAAUGAUAUUAAAACUAACGUGGUUUAUAAAUUAUACGAAGGUUCUGUAUUUCAGCACUCUGACGCCUGACUGCCGUACCCGCGUAACCGGCAGCAGUACUCGCCAGAAUCAGAAUCAUAUUUCGUUAGCGAUGGUUUAUCGUUGCUGACAGAUUUAAAUUGCAUAGCUUUGUGAAUCCUACCUUCCCAACUUCCCACCUACUAUAGUCCUCGGUAUCAGCUCAUUUUAUUUUAUUUGUUUAUCCUUCAGAACUACUCGCAAUAAAAAUCUAUGGAACCACAAUAAGAAUUUAUCAUAAAUAUUGUUCUUUAAUUUUUUUUUUUUUUUUAAUAACCCAGUCGAGGCUUCAAUUAAUACGUUUAAUUAUCUCAUAUAAUAUUUAAGCUAUUUAUAAUAUGAAGAAAAAUAGUAUAAUUCACGGAACUGCUGAUGCUUCAGUUCCCAAACCCCCCCCCCCCCAUUAAUCCUCCACUAAUUGCGACUGUCGUACCUAAUGAUGAUGUGUUAAUAAUUAAUUAGAUUUUUUAGAUUCUCAGCGUAGCAUUAUGAUGUUCUGCUUUCUUUUCUGUCAGUUAACCGUUUUCAUAUCGGAAAUCUUGCUCCAAUCAUCAAUCGUUAGGAGUGGUUUCUGGUAGUCAAUUUUUUUUAGUCUGUGCACCGGGAAGAUCAUAAUAAAAUGAUCACCCUAGAUUUUUGAUUUGUUUAUUCACGUAUUUUGAUAUCAAGUAGUUUCUGUUCUCAUACCAAUCGGUGUAUUAUAUCAUGUUUACAGAUACCGUUACAGAGGUCAUGCCGGGAUGCUUACAUUGAACCUCAUUGGUGUGCUUGUCUUAAGUGGCAACCGAUUGACGUGGACAGUACGCUGGCCUCCGGAGCGGCCUCAAAGUUUACUCAGUUUCUCAAUAAGUAAAUCCGUCUCUUUUUUUUAUCUCUAGCAGUUUUUCGACGUUUUCUUAAACUAAAUCUGAAUGCUUUAGAUACAAUGGUGAGUACACCGACCUCUGUAGCCCUGUUGAGGUGGACCGGAUCGAGUGGGCGACAAAGAUGGCUCCAAACGAAGGUUUGCUCAAGUUCCACCAGGCUGCCGAUACCGACGGAUUCGUGCCGGACAUGUCGGCCAACACCAAAGUGACCGUAGUGUACUUGCAGCUCAAGGUCGUCACUCGACCAGCCAACGCCAUUUUCGAGUUUUCUUGUCAGUAUGACAGCGAAACCAACAAGUACAUGUUUUACGUGAGUGUAAUUUUAUAAUAAUAAUUAUUAUAUUUUACUCCAAAUUCGAGAAAAUUAACCAGAAAGAAUAAGUUCUUUAAGAGCCAAAAACAGUAAAAAAUUUUACGAAAAAUAAUCCGUUAAAAUUUCGGUUUCAUUAAUACAUAAAACAAAUAAUAAUAAUUCUAUUUGUAUGUAAAAUUAAGUUAAUUCAGUUAUUUGCUGCAAACAUUUUAUUAUUAUAAAACCAUAGACCUCUUUUGUAAAUUCACUCUGAAAUUCAAACCGGGAAAUAAAAAUGACUAUUCGUUCAAUAUGUGGCCUAUAUGUGUUCAAUAUAACCUGCUAAGCGAAAAUCUAGUUGAGUUUAUGUGACCAGCUGUUACCUUGUAUAAAAUGUGACUUACCAAAACGAGACUUUAACGUAAUGUCCUAGGGAAAAUAACUAUACCUAGGACACGGAUUUUUAUGUACACAUAUAAUUUUAUUGAAUUUAUCUAAUUGUGAAUAAUAAUAUGCCCAUUGUAUAACACCCUGUGUGAAAUAAAAAACUUUUUUUAUUUUAUGGUAUAUGUUUUCACAUAAUAUUUUGUUGUAAAUACGUACUUUAAUGAUUUUUAAUAUCGGUUUAACAGUUUAGUAUUCAGUUCUUUAUACAGAUCGUUUGUGCAUUUAAGUGAACCAUAAUUUGUAUUGGUUAAAUUUAUAUUUUUGACGUAUAUUAAAUACAUGCCGAAAAUCCCGUCAGCCAAAAAGAGCAAAAGUAACUUGGUACUUUUUAACAUUUCCUAAGGAAACUUUUAAAUGUGAUGGACACGUGUAACUUUGUUAAUUUAAAAAUGCUUUGUGAAAUGGGAAAUGUUUUUAAAACCUUUGAGACCUAGCAAUUGUACAUUUAAAUUUUAAAAUCUCCAAAUAUAUGUUGUAUCCAAUUGUUUCUAAGAAGACAAAUAAAUAGAAUUAAUUAAAAUACGUAUGUACUUCACACGUGAGUGUAGCCACUGUUGUAGGUGGGAAGUUAAAGAGUAGGAUUUAGACGGGAAUUAAUGUAAAUCUGUAAGAAACGAUAAAUCAUUACUUGCGAAAAAACUUUUCUGAGCAGAGUUCAGUUGAUAGUAUUGCUUUAUCAAAAAUAUAUAUGUUAUAUUAUGGUGAAAUACUUACAUACCUUUUUAAAUAAAAAAAUACAAGGGUAAUGGUUAUGGUGUGCAAUAAGACAAAUCCUAUUUUGCUCAAUAUAAAAAUAGAUAACGCACGCAUAGAACAAGUAUAUCACUUUAAUUACUUGGGAAAUAAAAUAAUAGUAGAUGAAUGAAGCGAAGAUGUCCUUCUAAAUAGAAUAGCACAAGUAAAAUAAGCUUUUCAGAAUAAAAAACAUCUUUUAACCAUUAAUAGUGUGAUCUUAUAGGUAAGGAAAAAGUUCCUCAAAAUAUAUGUCUGGAGUAUUGCCUUAUACAGCUGUGAAACUUGGACAACCAGUACAGUAGAGAAAAGGAAACUAGAGGCCUUCGAAAUGUGGUGUUAUCGUGAAAUGAUAAAGAUUAAAUGGAUUGAAAGAAUAACAAAUGAAGCAGUAUUAGAUAAAAUAAAAGAAAAGAGAGAACAUUGAUAUACCAUAAAAGUUAGAAGAGAUAAAAUGAUAAGACAUCUACUACGCCAUUAUAGCCUAAUGAAAAGUAUCAUAGAAGGAGAUGUUGAAGGUCAUAUCGAAAGAGGAAGACCAAGGUUGGAGUAUAUAAACCAAAUUAUGAUAUACAUGGGGAAGAUUAACUAUAAGGAACUAAAGGAACUAAGUAACGAUAGGGACGUUUGGAGAUCUACAACAAACCAAUCAAAUGAUUGAAGACAUAAAGAAGAGAAAAGAAAAGAUAUAUUUAAUAAACCUAUAUAUCUACAAUACUUUAUUUUAUAUUAUGAUUAAAAGUUGCUUGACUUGCUGUAGUGUUGAUUUGUCUUAAAGCUAUACAAGUAAAUAAAUAAAAACCUACAGAUAACCAUCAUGACCUUAUUCUAUAAAUGCCAAUAAUAUUAUUAUGCUCAUUAUCAACAGUUUUCAGUGCACAUGUGUUUUGUCAUUGGUUCAUCAUGUAUUAAAUAAAAGCAAUGCAAUAAUAAUCAGGAAUUCAAAUUCAUUGGGUCAUUGGGAAACAUUUUUCAUAAUUCCUAAUAUGGAUAGAGCACACAUUCUAGUAGUUCACGUAUUAAACGAAUACCAUAAUAUGUAAUGUGAUAGAACAGAUAAUCACUGAUUACCUGACACUAGCAAAUUGCUGCUAGGUGACAGCAUUAAUUGGGUAAUCAAUAAAGAUGCAAUCCUUCUAUUGUUUUAUCAGAAUUUAGCUCUCAUAUGUUGGGAUAAAUUAAAAUUACACCCUUUUAACUUUAUUUCAAUUUUUCCCACACAUCGGCUAAUGGCUACAAAGUUAAUAAUAAUAUUAAUACUAAUAUUACUAACAAAAUAAUGUGUGUUUGCAGGAAAAAGACAUCAGCAGAAUCAACAAAUAUGGUGAUCAAGGCUGGUGUAUCGCAAAUUCCCAACCCCAACUCAGUAAGUACUGUUACUGCAAACAACAAAUUUGAAACAAUUCCAUAUCUACAUCAAAUUACUAUUUUGAGUGCAGUUCUCCGAAUGUGGCUGAUAGAACUCUCUUUGGAUUUUUUGUGGGUAUUUUUAUUUAAUGCUUUCUAAACUAUAAUUUUUUUUUACUAUUACUAUUAUUAGUGUAUAUAGUAUUAUCAUUAUUACAAGUAUGCCAAUACUCCUAGUCGUCUUAACUGAAUCUUUAGUCAUAUUUUGAGACUGUUAAUCUAAAUACGACUAUGUUAAGCCUAACAACUACUAGGGCAUAAUAUUAUUUUUUUUUUGUAUUUAACUCAACCAGUUUUAUUUGUAAGUAAAAUAUGUUAUUAUUCCUCCUAAAUGUUUUUAGUUGUUUUUUUAUUUGUUUUUUAUUUGUUUUCUAUUUUUAAAAUAUAAAAUGUUGUUAUAUAUUUACAAUACUGUUUGUAAAGUAUAACAAUUAUUGCCGCAAAACCCAGCGCAUUAUAUAACCUCAAAUCUCGUCCAUUUUUGUUAUGAGGAGUUAUAUUUUUCAAAUGAUUUUUAUUAUAUUCUAAGAUAAUAAUUUAUUUGAAUUAAAAAAAAUAUGUAUCCUUUCCAAUCUAAACAUUAUAAACUAUUGUCGGUAACAUUUAUGAAAUGUAUUUUGGUUCUUAGAAGCUUUUCAAAUAAAGAAUAAUAAUAAUAACUAUGUAAUGAUUAAACAUUCCAAAUGUUUAUGAAAAAUUGUAUGUUAAAUUUUUACUAACAUGUAAAAAUUGAUUUUAGCAAAUGUCUAGUAACUAUAUAUAAAUAAUAAUAUUGUUAUUUGAAAGUUCUAUUAAUAGAAUUUGUUAUUAAUAUUUUGUUUUUAACCAAAGGAAGAG